GGCGUGUGUUUCUAUUUUUAACGGACCUAGUACAAGGCAGCCGUACAGCCGUCGCGUAGAGAUGUUACGACAACAGUGCGUAAGGGAGAAGGCCGGGCGCGCGACCGUCGCCGUAUAAUAUUUAGUAGUGGUAUUCGUUUUGUAGAUCGGUUUUCCACCGCGGCCGGGGAAAAAUUUAGACAAAAAGUCGGACGCGUUUACCGGGCUAUCGCUUAAUAGUAUACAUACAUUUUAACACCGUGUGCAGUAUCAUAAUAUUACGGCAUAAUACAUAAUAGAAAUACGACCUUCCCCCGCUCCUAACGGACGCAUCUGACUGAGACGACCCACGGACACGGUCCGAUACCCGUGCAGAUCGGCGACCGUUAUGGCUCAAAAUGAGUGAUCUUGCCGACACCAUCGACGAUCUCAUCUGCAGUUUCGAAAGCGAUGGUAAAACGAUGGACACGCUAAUUAUGUAUUUGUUUUGCUGGGCCCUCGUUGGUUUUGUCGCGUUGGCCGUUGGAAAAUUUGCAUAUAGCCGGGCCGUCGGAUACGCGACCCGCAAGUCUGGCAACGCGUCCAUAACAACAGCGGCCGCCGCCAACGUUAAAAUUGGUGCUGCACUGGACGCGGCUGGUGGCGGCGAUCGGAAACAGUCGCACCAUCAUCGGGUAGUGCCGCCCACACCGCCGGUUGGCCGUAAGCGGUUGGGCUCUAAGACAGGGCGGACUUCAACUGCCGUGGCCAGCGUCGCGGCCGGACUUUCGGCCGUGCCGGCAGCUGCGGCAGCCAACAAGGCGUUUUCACAGGAACAGCAGCAGGCCCACCAUCUGCGUCCGCCUCCUGUGGCAACCGGCAACGACCCGGACGCCGUACGCUGGACCAACGACGUGUUCAAGUGGUUGUAUAACGCGGCUUCCGGUAAUGGAGCCAGUGGCAGUGGUAGUGGUGGUAGUGGCGGCGGCGAACAAUCGGUCGUCGAUUACCUGCUCUCCGAAUGGAUUUCUUCGCUCAACGAAUACACCAAAAAGUCAUUCGCUGAAGUAAGAAUUUAUACUCAUUUCUGGAUUUUUAAAUACCCGAAAUUACUAGAAUAUUGACUUCUAUAUUUCACUAGAAACUUCCCGAAUCAAAUUUCCUGUAGAGGUGUCAAAAAGUGAAAAUCGGAUAAUAUGUUUUACAAUUCUGAACGCGAAGGGUGUAUCCAAGUACAUCAGGCACACCCUGCUCACUUUAAUACCAAUAUUAAACGCUUACCUACACAUAAUAUAAUAGCGAAGUAUUCGAAACUCUCUUUUUUUGGUAGGUAUAUGUGCUCAAGAAGAAUAAACUUACCACUUUAUGGGAUAGAAAUUGAUUACCUUGUUUUUAUUGUAUAACAGUUGCAGUAAUAUUUACGAAAAUAUCAUGUAACAUCUGGUGUGUAUAAAACCAGAGGCCUUAAAGUCGUAACGCAAAAACGCAAAUCGGCGUGUGCUAUAAAAAUCCCGAUAAAAGUUUAUUCUUUCUGGGACAAUUAAUGUCCUGUGUCCAAAAAAUCAUUUUGUAUAUUCAAGACUGUUUACCAAUUGUACAUUGUACAUUAUAUAAGUACAUACUAUAUACCUAUGUGUACAUGAGCAUUUACAUUUCUUCGAUCGACGGGGAAUAUUGUUUAUUUUAUUUUGUUAACGAUAAUUUACUAACCUAGGAGUAUAGGUAUAGACUAUUUAUGGGGAGGGGGUUCUGAUCGUCAAUUGUUUGUAAUAUGAUUGAAUUUGGAGUAAAAUAAAGAAUUGACUUCUUGUAGUCAACUCGAAAUGGCCCUCUUCUCUUAUUUAUGUGCUAUGUCCCCGUACUAACGUAAUGCAAACUGAAUUUUUAAUUACUCGAAAUAGAAUAGGUAGUCUUCAAUGUGUGAGUUGGGAGUACUUAAAAGAAAAAAAACAGGAUUAAAAUCUGAUGCUAAAAAUAGGUAUUUCUAUUUAAGAAAAUUUAAGUUUUACUGCGCACGCGCCCACCGCAAGGCAUAACAUUUUGAUUAUUGGCUCAAAAUAUGUAUUUUGGUAUCAAUGAUGUUCAAAAAAAAAUGUCGUGUUAUAAUAAUUAUUCAUGCAGUCCGUCAGUUUAUCUAUUAUAAAUACAAUUAUCAUUGUUUAAGCUCAUUCAAGUCCAAUAAUAGGAAUAUUAAAAUCUGAUUAUUAUUUAAACGUAUUUAUAUUAAGUCAUUAUUUAUGUCAUAAAUAUUUUGGCAUAGGCCAUUUUUGGCACGGCUUACGCUAUACUCGUACUUAAACUAAAUAUGGGCAACUGAACUUCGUUUAGAAUCGUUUUUUCGUAAACAAUGGUUUAUCUAUUACCUAUAACAGUGGCUGCAACAACCGUCCCCAUUAUCCUAAGAUGUCUUUUAAUAUUUAACGAUAUAAUUGAUUAUAUUACUCAUAUAUAAUAUAGCAUUAACAAUUUUCACAAAGCCAAAAAAAAAUUACAUUUUUGAGCUUUUGAUAUAAUAUCCGUCAUUCUAAAUAUUUAUUACAAUGAAGGAAAAUUGAAUAAUUUGAAUUUUUUCAUUAAAAUGACAUUAUGUUUAUUCUUUAAAGAGUUAUUAUUAAUUGAAAACAAAAUUAAAAAAUUAAUAAUAUGAAUGCUGAUUUUUAAGUUAAAACAUUUAAUUAUUAUGUACACCUGUAACCAUUGAUAAAGAAAAACGAUUCAGAGCGAAGUUCGGUUAUACAAUUAUUGAAAGACCGUAAUAGUUACGAUUUUCGUCAAAAUUUGAUUUUAAAACUCUUAUAAAAAUAAAAGGACAUACCUCACACGUGGAGUGGCCACUGUCGUAGGUGUAAAGUUGGGAAGGUAGAGGAGAAAUUGAAUGUAUAUUUUUACGCAAUGAUUAACCAUCACUAAAGAAUAACGAUUCUGAGAGGAGUUUGAUUAAUAGUGUUGCUUUGUCAACAAUAUAUAUGUCAUGAUAAAUAAUCAUUAUAUAUUUUCAUUAAUAAUAUUUGUUUGAUGUUGUACCGAUUUCCCUGGUUUUCUUAUGUUUUUUUUCCCUAGUUUUUUAUAUUUGCUUAGUCAGGUGGCUCAAUUCUGACUUCACUGUCGUUCUUAAAUCAGCAAUAUACAUAUGUUUAAAACAAAAAAUUGAAAAAUUAAAACGUUUAAACGAUUUUCGUUAAAAUUUGAUAUUAAAAUUCCUUUAUGAAAAAUACUAUAUGAAGCUCAAAUUUGUUUUCUUUGACUACAAAGUACGACUUUUAAUGAACCUUUUGUCAAAUUUCCAAGCAUUUCUGUUAAGUCUAACAAUUUAUCUAUUGAGUAUCUACCAAAAAAAUUACGUAAAAAACCCGUAAAAUUAAAAUUUCUAUGAAUAGCUUAAAAAUAACUCAAAUGUUUUGAAAAUUUAAAAAAACGUCUAGAAAAUGAAAGUAUACAUAUUAUUAUAUAUUUUUGAUCAAAAUUCCAAGUCUCUACGAAUUUAUUUUUGUAAUAUUUCCAGUUAUGACUACAUUUUUUUUCGGAGAUGCUCAAUUAUUAAUAAAACUACAGAGAAAAUCAAAAAACUUACUCAAGAACUAGAUUAAAAUUUCAAUAAAAGAGGUCUCUUGUUGUUUAUCUAUUGGAACAAUAGUUAUGGUAGAAAACAUAAGCUGUACAAAUUUAAAAUGAAAUCGUUGUGUGUAAUUUGAAAAAAAUCGUAUAUUUGGUUAUUUUUGGUUUUUCCAAAUUAUUACAAAAAAAACUUUUGAUAUCGAAAAAGCGAUACUUUGACUGUCAACGAAAUGUUUUAAAAGAAAAAAAUGAUGUCUUGUUAUUUUUCGAAAAAUGUUAUAUUUCUGGUAGAAAACCUAAGUAUAACACAAUGAAAACAAUGAAAAUGGUAACACCGGCGUGCUGUAAAUAAUUGUUGUCAUACCUAUGAUUUUCUUUCGGUUUUUCCGAAUUAUUUCGAAAACCCCUUGGAAAAUCAAAAAGUGGUCUCCUCAAUUAAUCAACCAAAGAACAUUAUCUUCUAGAAUAGGGGUUUUAGUCCAUAUUUCGGAGCAAGUUUUGUGGUAGAUUAGUUGUUUAGACGGAAAAAAUACAAAAUACAAAAACACACUUCAUAAUAUAACAAAUAAAUCCCUCGCUAGUCGUUACGCUCCGAAUCUAAAAUGCAUUGAUGAUGGUUCAAGCAAAACAUUUUAAUUUAAUUUAAGAAACUAAAAAAUCAGAAAAAAAACGUUGAGCUUGAUUUCAUAGCACAAACAAAAUGUAAUCAACCACAAAAGAUGGAAACUAAAUUUAGAAAAUUAGAAGAAAGGUUAUUAUUUGCAAAAGAAAGGUAGGUAUAAAAUUUAUAAAUUCAAAUUUGAAAUUUGUGAAACCUAUAUAUGCCUUUUCUAGACAUUGUAGAAUUUUCAAAAAUGUAUAUCCAUUUUUACGUAUUUAUAGAAAAUUUAAUUGUUUUUUUGAAAUUCAGUUUAAAAUAUUUGAAUGAAUUUUAUGGACUUGAAAUUUAGACUUAAAACUUAUAUUUGCCUUAUCUAGACAUGGAACAUUUUUUAAAAAAAAUUUAAUUUUAAUUUUGUAAGUUUAGUACGUAAUUUUUGUUCGGUAGGUAUUCGGUGGAAAAAAUAUUAAGCUUCACAGAAAUGCUUCAAAAUUGAACAGGAAAUUCAUUAAAAGUCGUACUUUGUGUUCAAAAAGAAAAGAAAUAUGAGUUAAAUGUAGUAUUUUUUUUUAAAAAAGGAAUUUUAAUAUCAAAUUUUGACGAAAAUCGUGGGAGUAAAAAAUUAUGUGAAACAAGUCUAGUUACUGGUCCAUUCAAAUUUUUCAUUUUUUUUGUUUUUUGUUUAGAACAUAAUAUGUAAUUGCCGAUGUAAGAACGAUGGUAAAGUGAGAAUUGAACGGACUAACUUAGUUUCAAAAUCAUUUAAUUAUAACUUUUUGAAAUUUUAAUAUUAUGUGGAUAUUAUAUUUGUUGUGUUAAAUAACUCAAUUUUGUCAAUUUUAUAGUUUAUUGGUGGUACGUACCUGUUGCCAUUUUAGAGAUCACAAGUUCAAAUUGUUCUAAAAAAUUUUUUUUGCAAAACCACGUUGGGUAGAUAACGAGGAAAAAAAAUGAAAUACAAAAUAAUAUGUUUAUUAUGAAAUUCAUUCUAUUCAAUAUAUAUUUAUUUUGUUACAAUAUGAUAAUAUGACAUAUUGUAAAUUUUGUUAAAAAUAAAUAGUAUUAACUGAGUUCCGCUUAGAAUCGUUUUUCGUUAGCAAUGGUUAAUCUUUGCUUAUGUCUAUACAUUAAAUUUCUCUCUAUAUCCUAUCGUUCUAACUUCUCAUUGACAACAGUCGUCCACCCAUCGUGCGAAGUAUGUCCGUAUUUUUUUUCAUAUAUUUAGGUAACUUAUAAAUUAUAAAUACCUAUAAUCUAAUCUAGUACUCGUAUUAUCAAUUUAAUAAAUUAAAAUAGUUUAUAGUCGUAUUAUUAUAAUGAAUAAUAAUGUAUAGGUAUAAUAGUAUAGUUUAGCCAUUAACGUUGAAAUAUUAUUGAAGUGGUGCCAACCAAAUAAAGUAACAUUAAUAAGUAUAUCAUUAUUAUGUGCACAAUCGUUUGUCUGGUAAAUUCUUACCAGGUAAAUUGAAUUAGGCCCCUUUCACAUGAUGCCACGAGUGUUAUGACGGUAACAUGACCCUCCAAAGAAGUGUAGAAUCAAGACUUUUUUUAAAAAUAACUUGUUAUACACAAUACAAAAUUAUCAAUUGUGAAACAUGCAUUAGACAUAUUUGUCAGUCAAUUAUUAUUAAUGUUACAUAAAUGUUUAAUAAAAUUGUAUGAUAUACAUAUAGUAUUGUAUUAAUUAUGAUUUUUUUCUCAAUAUUUUAACAAAUAUUCACCCCUCCAUAUCAAAAAAGAAUUCCUAGUUGCGCCACUGCUACAAAUACACUAAAAUACUACUAAAAUACUAAUAACAUUGCUUCUAAAAUCCUUGAAGUAGCCGGAUAUUCAUUUAAUUAAUAAUAUCUCUCUAAUACAGAAUGCUAAUGAGAUUUUCCGUCACGUAUAAUAUAAUGAAUCUGCAGAGAACAGAAUCAGCUGAAGUCUUACCAGAAUUCCAUGAUAGAUAUAAGCAAUUUAUAUUCAUGGUGAAUAACAAUUGAAGUUAGCAUUAGGUGCAUUGUGAAACCGUUUCUAUAUAUUUAAAUAAAUAGUCUACCGGCAGCGGAACGUUAUAUAUUGUUUAUAUUUGACCUAAACACACGUAACAUUAAAAAUAAUCUGAUAAACAAAAAUGGUCGUUAUAAUAAUCUACGAGUACAUGCAAAUACAUGGUAAUAUCUACGAGAAACUACAAAUUCGUUGUGACUAUAUUUCCCCUCAAAAUUGGAAUCAGUUACAAAAUGAUGAAAUUCGUUUUGUUUUAUCGGUCACACUGAUUAAAAGUCGGUCCCAACAUUUUGUGACCAUAGACGGUGACAAUCGGUGACUUUUCAUCGCCCCCUCCAGAAUUAUUAUUUUUCCUCGUUAAACCAUCGGCGCAGCGUCUAGGAUAUGUUAUCAUUAUUAUUGUAGCCGUUUAAGUUAUUGUUGCUGUCGUUGUAUCGUUGUCUAUCGUACAAAAUUAGUCUUUUCUUAUUAUUAUUUUGCAACAGUGGAGGGGGUAAAUCAUCUAACUACUAACUACUAACAACUAAACAUUUUUGACUGGUGACUCAACGAAUUUGUAGAAAAAAAAUAGUUUGCUAUACGCAUUAUUGUUAUAUUAACCAUUCCCGAUUCUUCAGAGUUAAGUAAGAUAUUUAUUAUAGUUUUACUAUAAAGUUUUCUUUCGUUAUAUAUUUUCUUUAAUAAUAUUUUUUUAAUAUUGUACCUAUUUUCCCGUUUUUUCUACGUUUUUUCCGGUCUCACAUGUUUUAUCUCGGUUUUUUCCAUUUACUGGGAAAAAUUCUGAGAAAAUGACCUCUUUAAAGUACCUCCCCAGUUAGAUUUUCUUUUAAAAAGUGCUAUCAUUGUAAAUCGGAUCAAAAUUGCUUGUAGAAAAGUUGUUCACGAGAGAAAAAAAGUCGCAAUAUUUUUUAACAAUUUUGUUUUCCCUCCAAAUAUCAGGAUAUCCAGAUAUUGUUGUAUUAUUACAACAAUUACGAAAAAAAAAAACGGACAUAAUUUACACGUAAGUGGACCACUGUUGUAGGUGAGAAGUUGGGAAGGUAGAGGGGAAAUUGUGUGUAUAUCUGUACGCAACGAUUAAUGAGUGCUGACGAAAAAUGAUUUUGAACGGAGUUUGGUUUACAUAUUUUGAAAGACCGUAAUUAUAUUUAUGAUUUGAAAAAAAUACGUGUCGUAAAUUAUCCAGUUUUUCCUAUUUGUUAUGAAAACAGAUUGGAAAAUCAAACAAUGUUAAACCUCCAGUGGCGUACGCAGGGAUUUAAGGGACUGAAGCCUCCCUAUUAACCAUUUUUAUACAUAUAAAUGUAGCUUGGUGCAAGAAGGGCUAAUGUCAAUUUUUUUUAGAAAUCAGUUAGAAAUAAAAAAAGAUACAAUUGUUUAUUUUAUAAAUAAAAUUUGUUAGUUUUUGUAAAAAUUGAAAUUACACAAAUAUUUAAUAAAAUAUACAGAGCCUUAUGGGGGAAUACAAUUUCAAAGCCCAUUUCCUAACAAUCACAAAAUGUGAAAUUGGCCCUUCUUGCACCAUUCCACAGAUAUAUAUAUAUAUAUAUAUAUAUUAUACACACAUAUUUUUUUUAAUUUUCAAGUUUCAGCUGUAAUAAUAAUUAGUAAAUAAGGACUUUUUUUUCGUAAAAUAUAAUAUUUUCGCAAGUAAAUAAUCUAAUUUACCACCGUUAUUUAUUAAUAACCUAACUAUAUUAUCAUAGAAUAUGACAUUAUUAGGUUUAUAAGAUUAUUAUUUUUGUUUAACUGAAGUGACACUCAUUAUAAACAAUCGAAAAAUCAAAAAAUGACCCUCAUAAAGUACCCUCCCAGUCCGAUUUUCUUUCAGAAAAAGUGCUACAGUUGUAAAUCGGAGCAAGAUUUCUGAUAGAAAAGUUGUUCACGAAUAGAAAAAAAAAAUAAACAUUAUUGUAAAAUUAUUGUAAAAUUUAUUACAUUACUCGCUCUACUCAAAAUCUAAAAAAUGUAAUAUUUAAAAAUAUAACGCGACCCACUACUGUAGAGUUUACCAGCUUAAAAAUUGUAUUUUAUAUUUUUAUAGUUACCUAAAUAUUUAAUUUAUUUUUUUAUUUUUUGUGUAUAUUUUGUGUUUUUUGUCAGUCAAAACUAAGAAGACAAUUACUUUAUUUUUCAAACUUUUGGCAAAACAACUGAUUAAUUAUUAUUAAUUUUCAAGCCCCUCCCCUCCAUAUUGAAAAAUCCUUUGUAGACUAUUGCAAAUUUCAGUCAAAUUUCUUUUUAGAAAGGCAUUACACUUGAAAAUUGGAGCAAUAUAUCUGGUAGAAAUUGUGUACACAGUAUAAAAAUAAUAAAUAAGAUUGUACAAUUAAUACAUUCCUCACUAUGCUUAGAAUUUAAAAUUACAUAACAUACACCGUACAGUAUACGGUUAAACACAGAUAAAACGAAAAUGUGCGUAAUAAUUCAAGCAAAUUACAUCUAGAUCUAUUAUAUAGUUUUUACUUGAGGUGAUUUUGUAAAACAUAAAUGUGUACAGUAGGAAAAAUUGUUUGUACUUAAUUGAGGUAGUUAUUAUUCUUAUAGAAUUUAACACGACCAAUGGGAGAGAGUAGAAUUCCCCUUACCCACACCCUCGGUACACUACUGCGAUGGGUACAUAUUAUUACCAAUGUCUAACUUGAGGUUAAACCUAUGAUAAAAUCAGAUUUUGAGCAGCUUUAUAGAAGGGGUGGGGAUAUCAAUUCCCUCUAUUAGAAAAUCAAAAUAUACGCCAUUCUUUAUAAAAUAUGUACAUCGCAAUAAAUAAAUCGCAUAUAUCAUUGCACACGAUUGUUAUUGAAAAAAUAAGAAAAACGUACUUAUUCGUGUAAGUAAAUAAUGGAUUCGUGAUAAUUUUACUCCUAUCUACAUUUUAAUAUAGAUAAACUUUUUUACGGGGUUUUAUUGUUUUCAUGAAAACUAUUGUUUAGUUUUCAAUUGUGAUUAACGUGCUAUAAGGUACCCGUUUCAUCUAUAUAAUAAUACAUUAUUGACUGGCACGUGAAAUAGGAGUUUUGAAGCGUUUUUUUUCGUAUUAUAAAAAGACUAGAAAAAAGAGUCAUUGAAUAUACGUUGGAAUCGUUAGGGAUUGUUCAUUGCUGUAUAGGAUUCAAUACGCGUAUAAACCAUAGCGUACGCAGUAAUAGUUAGAGUAUUUUUAUUGGUAAAAUUUAUAAAUUAUUAAAUUAUAGAUCUGUCAUAGCCGUUCUGUUUUUUUAUACGGAAAGUGGUGUAUUAAAGUUAUUUUCCGUUUAUAUUACGUUUUAGUAAAAGUUUUUGUAAAGUUUUAGACGAAGUUUAUUUGGUGGGUCUGACAUUCAAAAAUUGAACAAUAUAUAUAUUUACUAUAUAUAAAGGUAUAAUAUAGCAAUCGACGUAGCGGUUAAAAGUACAUUAAAGAUAUUCCGUAUUUGUUUUUUUUCCGUGACAGGUUUAAAUACAGCUGGGUGAAAAUACGACCUGAAAUUUAGAACGGUGCAGUGUUUAUAUCUACCUAAUUAUCUACUUAUAUAGGGUAAUAUCCUUUUAUUACGAUUAUUUCUCUGAAGAUUUUUAGUGAAUUUGAUUUGUUUUUUUUUAAUCAUUAUGGAAUCCUGUAAGCUUUAAGAAUUGUUUUGGCUCAGAUGAGAUAUUAUAUUAAUGUUUGUAGACACGUAAUUGAAAUAUAAUAUUACGUUCAAACGAAUUGUAUUAUCAGAUGUAGAUUAGGUGAAUAUUAUUAGAGAUUUUCGCAUUGAAAUAGGUAUUUAAUAUUAGAUAUUAUUAUGUUAAAUAAAACAGAUAUAAAUAUAUUUAAGAGGUUACAAUAUCAUUACGACGGUAAUAGUUUUCUAACGGAUUUUUUUAAACAAAUCAGAAAUAAAGAAAUUUACCAGUAAUUAAUUUUUAAUGUAGAGCGAAAAACAUGUUUUUAGAAAACUUAAUUUAAAACCGGAAACAAAUAUAAUCAAAAACCCAUUAAUGUAAAAAAUAUUGCAAUCAUUUAUUUAAUAAAUUAAUAAUUGUCGUUUAAUAGUUGGAAAAUCAUCAGAAAGCUAAAUAAAUCGUGUUCUAGGUAAUUGUAUUAUUUUUCGUACUCUUAUGUAGGUACCAUUUUAAUUGGUAGGUUGUCAUAAGAAUUGGCAGAAAUUAGCAAAAAUAUUCGAUCAAAAAAUUCUUUUUUGUUUUCGACUAUUUAAAACUUUCAAACUUAAUUUAAUCAUUACAUAUUAGCAUUUGCUAAUAAUUAUAGAAUACAGAUAAAAAUAUCAGAGUGAGCUUUACAUUAUUUUCAUGUACCAGAGACUCCAAAUGUGAAACUUUAUAUUUCUAUUUUUUGCACAUUUGAAGUAUUUUAGAUUUUAGAUUCUGAGUGGAGCGAAGAAGCUUAUGGUUUUACAAAGAGGUUAUUUUUAUUUUUUUUUCUAUUUAUGGACAACCUGUCUACUUUUUCUUCCUCUGAUUUUUAAGUGUGGCACCUUUUAUGAAAGGAAAUCGGACUGGAAAGGUAUUUUGGGGAAAUCAUUUUUCGAUUUAUUUUUCCAAGAGUUUUCCCAGCAAAUGUGAAAAACUGGGAAAAACAUGAACACCGGGAAAACCGUAUAAAAAACGGGAAAAUCUGUACAAUAUUAAUCAAAUAUUAUUAAAAAAAAUAUAUAAUGCCAUUUAAUUAUUUUAUUAUAAUAUAACAUAUAUAUUUUUGACAAAGUAUUAUUAUCAUCUAAACUGCACCCAGAAUCGUUUUUUGUUAGCAAUAGUUUAUCGUUACUUACAUUUAUACAUUUAAUUAUCCUCUGUAUCUUAUCUUCCCAAUUUCCCAUCUAUAACAGUGACUGCACCUACGUGCGAAGUAUGUCAGUCUUUUUGUAUUAAUAUUUUUCAAUUUUUGGUCUUUCUUUGGCUAAUAUAUACACUAUAUAAUGAUUAAUUUUGUAUUUUUCAUAAAUAGUAGAAAAAAUCUGUCAUUAAUGUGAAUCCAUAAGAAAAAUACUUAUUUUUUCGUUUCAUAUUAUAAUAUAUUUUCAAGUAUCCCGGCGUAUUGACCGAACGAACAGUUUACAUUUUAUAUACUUAAAAAAAUAAAUACAUUUCCUUUAUUGCCAUUUUUAAUAUUUUUAUGGCAUUGCAUAGUUUAUUUUAAGAUUUUUUAGGUCAUAUUAUAAAGUAUAUAUAUAUAUAUAUAUAUAUAUAGUCAUAUAUAGUUAAUAUUAUAGUUUUUUCAGUGCUAUAAAAUCUGAGUCCUGAUUAUUAUAAAAUAUAAAUUCGAUAUUUAAUAUUAAGUACCUGAUUACUUUAUUUUACUGUUUGUCCGUUGUAUAGAUUCGAAUUUCCCAGUUAAUAUUUAAAUAUGUAAAUAAUAUUUAUGAAAUUAUUGUUAAAAGAUUUUAAAAAUUGUUUAAUAUAUUGUAGAUAUGCGAUUUAAACAAUACUUGCAAACAUUUACGAAAUGACCGACAAAUAGUGUUUUAUCACGUACGUAUUAUUAAAAUAUUGUACGCCCCAUUUUUUCCAAUUUAUUAGGAAAAAUUCUGGGAAAAUCAGUAAAUGACCUACAGUGCACCAACUAGAGAAAAUUAUCUUUCACAAAAAGUGUUAAGAUCGGAGCAAGUUAUCUGGUAGAAAAGUUGUUCACAAGAAAAAAAAUACACAUAUAAUCAAACUAAUAGAUCCUUCGUUACUCUCUGAAUUUAAAAAAAACAAACAUCAUAGUAAAACCAAUAGCUCCUUCACUACGCUUCGAAUCUGAACUGUGAACUGUGGAUUUUUUGUUAUAUCGGAAGUAUGAAAAGUUGACGUAGUUGAUGGGCAUGAAGUUUCCAUGCUGGAGUUGGUUGUUGAGGAUUGGAGAUCUGAAUCUAAGGUAUUUUCCAGAAAGGUUGGUGCGGGCCGUAGUGGAGUAAGGGAGAACGUGAGAUGAGAAGAGAAACAGUUGCCGUGGCUUUAUGCUUUUUUCGGGCACGAAGUUUUUUUUGGGGAGAGUUUUCGGUUGUGUCGAUUAAACUGUAACUGUGGCGCCCGUUUGCCAUCUUCUGGUUUCACCUUAUCGCAGUUGGAACGUUCCCGGUAGCCCUGAAAAAGGGCUGGAUAGACUAAGAGUGAAAGGUAGCAGUUUGGCUGGAGAGGGUUAGGUGGGUAGAAUCAGAGGUUAGUAUAUGGACCGAUCUUGUGCCCGCUCGAGCAAGUGGCGUUCUAGUUUCGGUUUUUGUACUUACGUUCUGGUGUGACUUGAUAGUUCAAACGGUGAUUUGAGCCAUCACUAUGGUGUUUAGCGGGUGAGUUGGCUCGGUCACUUUGGCGUUCACACAAAUAUGAGUUGAUGGUGAUCACAUUGAAGAAGUACGCAAUGAUGAAUGAUAAUUGAUAAUUUUUUUUUUUUAUUAUAAAAUAUAAAUAUAAAUAACAUAAUCACAUAAUAAGCUGUUUACAAAAAAAUAAAAAUAUCUAUCUCCCUUAAGCGCAAUGCUUGUGAUGGUGGUAGAGAGUUACAUUAUAUGAUAAAAAAAAAUACAUACUCAAAUAAACAAAUUAAAUUCAAAAGAAUGAGAUAGAACAAAACAAAAUAUACAAUAAAAUUCAUAAGAUAAUUUAAACAAUUUAACACACUGUAACAUAUAUUUGAUAAUUAUAAUUUAAGUCAUUUUAUACUAUUAGUGAAAAUAACCAUAAGUUAAUGUGUUUUUUUAUGCUCACAAUUCUAAGAUUACCAAAUGAGGAAAAUAUGAAUUUUUUUUUUUAUAAGUAAUGACAUAGAAUUGAUUUUAUUUGGACCUAAAUAGUCAAUGAAUUUUUGACCAAAGGAUAUUUUGUAAUAAGUUAUUUUAACAUCAAAUGCCCUUCCUUCCCUUUUUGUUCUUAUAUUUUCCACAUCCAAAAAUGAUUCAUAAUUUUUUAUUAUAAAAAAAUAGUUACCUCUUUAUAUACAAUAUCGACGGUAACGCAUUGAGUAGCCUAAAAUUAUCUCCAGUAGAACCUACUAAUUUAUUUUUACCUAAACAGAUUCUAAUAAUUUUCCUUUGUAAUAUUUUUAGUGGUCUAACCGCAUUUAUAUAUAAAUAUAGAUAAAUAAAUUGUACAUAUAACUUGCAUAGGCAGAAAAGCUCGUGGUUUGCAAAAACUAAACGAUAAUGUACGUAUGCGUAUUACGAUGUUAUUGACAUGUAAAGACUAUCUCAUAUUUUUAUCAAAAAUUAAGUCCAAAUAUCUUAUACUAGAAACCUUGUAUAUUUUUUGACAUAAACUGUCAUUACAUUUAUCUUCACUAUUACAAAAACAGAGUUUUAAUUCAUCAUAAUUAUUCUCAUCCUUAUUAAUUGAAAAAUGUCUAAAAUUGGUUUUUUUUAUAAUUUAUUGAGAGUUUCCUAUGGUUUAGAGAAAUAAUCACUUUUUUAAAUUCAUUAGCAGCUUUUAAUCGAACUUCAUCCCACGUAUCCCCGGAAAACAAUAGACAUGUAUUAUCAGCAUAAGUUAUGAUUUGCCCAUUAAUUUUUAAAUCACAUAUGAAAUUAAUGUAUAAUAUGAACAAGAACGGACCCAAAACACUACCCUGCAGUACCCCACAGUUAGUACUCAUUUCAUCGCCAGUAGUGUUAUUAAUUUGCACUAUUUGUUUUCGGUUAUUUAAAUAACUUUUGAACCAUUUUAAACUACUAUUUUUUAAACCAAAACUAGGUAAAAUUUUACAAAGUUCGAGAUGGUUGACCAUAUAAAAGAUUUUAGCUGGAUCAAAAAAAUUGCCAUUGAUUUUUUGUUAUUGUCAAGCAAAUUAUAUAUAUAUUUGCUAGCAUUGUACAAUGCAUUUUCUGAUUUUUAGACUACAAAUUAUUCUUUUCCAAAAACUCUAUUAAUCUAGACUUUAUUAUUUUCUCUAAUAUUUUUGCGAAAUUGCUUAUCAUUGAAAUUGGUCUAUAGUUAUUAAUAUUAGUUUUAUCACCAUUUUUAAAUAAAGGUUUAAUAAUUGCUAAUUUGAGUUUAUCAGGAAAUUUACAUUCAGAAAUACUUAGGUCAUAAAUAUAUGUUAAAGGUUCAAUAAUAUUUGCAGAUAUAGCCUUUAAAGUUUUCACCGAUACUCCAUCAAAAUCAGCCGCAGUAUCAUCAUUUAAAGUAUCUAUACAUUUUGUAAUUUAUACAAAUUAACUUUUUCCUUAAAAAAGAAUAUCAAAUGAGAUACUUGUUUUAGAUUCAACAUAAUUCAAUGGUGAUUUUUUUAUUUUACUUGCCAGAUUACUACCAAUAUUGAUACAAAAAUGAGUUAAACAAAUUUGUAGCUCUCACCGGGUCUUCUGAAGGAAUUAUAAGUUCGUUAUUAUGCAUUAAUGAAUUAAUCGCAUCUCCUUUUAUAUUUUUAGACUUUGUAAACUCUUUUAUUAAUAUCUACGUUAAUUUUGGACUGUGUGAGACAUUAUUGAAUUGUUUUUUAUAAAAAUUAUUUUUAGUAUUUCUUAAAACUGUAGUAAAUAUAUUAUUGUACUUUAUAUAAUAUGAACGUAAAUUACUAUUAUUCGGGUGUUUUUUUAACUUUUAAAGAUAGAGCAUUCUUCCUACGCACUGAACGUAAUAGACUCACUGUCAUUCAUUCUUGGACAUGAUUAUUUUUCGUAUUAGAUUUAUUAAUUGUUGUAGCUAAACUUAUCGCACGAGCAAUUUUAUCAAAAAAAAAAUAUCGAAACAUUCAUCAACAUUCUUGUUGUAUAUCUCUGACCAGGUUUCUAUUUUUAAAAGUUCAUUCAAAUUAUUAUAAUUAAUUGAUUUAUAAACAUUAUUAAUACGAGCCAAAGAUAUUGGCAUUUAUGCUUUUGAUAUUACAGCAAAAAACACUUAUAAACUUAUAAAUACUAAACUUAUACUUAUCUAUAAAUUCAGAUAGAGAUUCAAAAUAACUGUUUAAAACAUUAAUGUUAUCCAUGAUAUAAUUUUUUAAAGAUUAUUACAAACAGACAAAUAUUGUUAAAUUUUAUAUUUAUAAAAGUUUGGAUAGACCUAAGUCAUCCUGCACUAUAUAAGAUUUAGCGUUUUCAUUUUUUUUUAUAAAUAUUUUUAAAUCCUUAUACCAUACAAAUUUGAAACCAUUCGAUUUUGCAAAUAUUCUGAUUUUGAAAAAAAAAUAUCUAUUGAACGCUGACAGCUCAUUGUUAAUGUAGAGAUUUCCAUUUUCCCAUUUUCCAUUUAUGUGCUUAGUGUUUAACUUUUUGUUCUUAGCAGACUCCAAUAAUUAUUGCUUGCUUUCUUGCGAGUUCAGCCUAGCAAUAAUUUUCUUCGGUCUAUUACUUAAUUUCGAGUACAAACGAAAAGCAAUUAUUACACUUAAGUUAACACCUAGUUUGGUAGCAAUGUUUGCGACAAUUUUCACACAAUUUUCAUUUAUUUGUUCAGGCACUCCGACAAUCUCCACAUUGUUUAUUAUUGCAUUUUGUUCCAAAACAUUAAUUUUUUUCUUUAGACUUUUAAUAUCACCAUUUAGUUUACAAUUACUUUGUUUUAAGCAUUUAUUUUCUUCUUUUAAUACUUUAAUAUAAUUCAGAACAUCUAUCAAUUGUUUACCAAAUACAUCAAAUUGAUUGCUCAUAAAAUUUACUGAAUUAGUUAAGUUAGAUAAAGUUUCAUUGGAGCCCACAAAAGAACCAUCAUCCCGAUUAAUACUCGUGUUAGCAACCAUUGACUUACAUUUUCUGCAGCACCACUUAUCUUUAUUUACUUUUGCCAGCUUCCUAAAAUUGACUUCAGUCAUACCAGCACAUGAAAAAUGCGAAAAAUCUUUACAUUUUGAACAUUUGAUAUCAUCGCCUUGAGAAAUGUCAUUGUUACAAAUCGAGCACAACAUACUGAACGACACAAUUAAUUAAAUAGUAGAUAAGAGAAGAAUUAUCGAAAUGACUAUACACAUUGAACGCACAAAGGCAACUGAAUUUGAUGUGAUAUGAUAUGAUAUAUGUUAUAUAUAAUAUAAUAAUAGAGAAGUGUAGUACUGAGACGACUGAUAUCGAUAAUAUACGUAAAGGAAGUUGUAGAACUGUGGCUAUAGAUAAUGAUUAAUAAAUAUGUGACCUUCUGUUGCGGUGCACCUUUAUUUAUACGUCCCGGUAGGCUGAGUGUCAUCUUUCAUUGGUUGUUUUACUUUUUGACAGGGAAAAGAGACACCCUGGUGCCAUGUUAAUGGUUAGCCAAGUGGGUUUUUAUUAUUUUGUUGGUCCUAAAAAGGACCGUUUAAUAUGUUAUGUGCUCCGUUACAAUCUGCAGAAAUAAUUAGUAGAGUAUGAUUUGUUGAAAUUUAAAAAAGAGCUUUAGAAAAGAGUUGCUUAUAGGUAUAUAUUAUCUAUAACAGUGACUGCAUCCGGCCUCAUUAUCCUAAGAAGUCUUUUUUAAGAUUAAAAAAUAAACUAGAAAUACUGUUAUAAAAAGAUAAAUUUUCAAAUAAAAAAGUUGAUUUAGCAAAAUCUGUGAAAGUAUCUAACAGUGGUGUAAUAAUAAUUUAUAGGUUUACAUAUUCUUGAAUUUCUAUGACAUUUUUUUAGAAAAGUUAUUGUUGUGAAGAGCAAGAGUAAAUUGUAACGUUAGGAUAAUACUUUUUUUUAAUAUGUAUCAAAAUUUAAAUAUAGACGUGUAUUUUUUAUGUGGAUAUUAGAAGAAUUAUUUAUACUUGUUUGAGGAAUAUUUAUAGAAACUAUUGGAGUAGUUUUUGAAGUUGAAGGUACAUCAAUAUCUAAUAAAGAAUUAAAGCUUUUUGUUGUGGCUAGAAAAUUAAUAUUAUCAUUAUUUAUUGAAUCCCUUUGCUCAUAAAGGCGGUGUGGAGUAAAAUGUCUUUUAAAUAUUGACCUAAGUGUGAACAUUUGUCCACAAUCAACACAUCAAGUUUUUAACAAAAUCACCUUGAGAAGAUGAUGAGAUGUUUAUUUUUUCUUUCUUUUUUUUUUAGCCUGUGGAUACGUUUAUUCCCAAUAAAAUUGCUCCAAUUUUUACUUAUAGCAACUUUUCUGAAAGAAACUCAAGUUGUCUGGACUAUACUUUAAAAAACUCAUUUUUUGAUUUUCGAUGCUAUUUUUUAAAUAAAAGUACUUAAGUGAGAAAACGUCAAUUUAACGAUUUCAUUGUUUAUAAAAACACGGACGAAGUUUUCUACCAAAAAAAAAAAAAAAAAUGGUUUAAUUGAAAAGUCACAAGACACCUUUUUUUUUGACUUUUUGAUUUAAUUUUUUACGGUAUCGUAAAGCGUUUUGAAAUCAAAUUUAAACAAAAAUUGCAAAUAAAAAAACAUACGACACUAAAUUAUGUAUUAUCGAAUUGCACUCGGAAUCAUCUUUUGUUAAGCAAUGGUUUAUCGUUGCUUACAGAUGGUUCUCAAUGGUCCUUGUUAUGUAUAUAAUUUUUUUUGCAGGAUAUAAAUAUAAAUCUACCAACUCUUUAAUGGAGUAAAUAAAUUUGUGGCAACGAGGCACACUUGUCUUCCCAAAAUAUGUACUGGGUUUGAACCCAGUAGUGUAGACAAGCCUCUCCUCCAUUGGCCAUUAUCUUAUAUCAUGCUGUUUAAAUUUUCAAAAAUGUAAUUCUCCAUACAUUUUUUUCAUUGACGUCGAAUUAGGCGGGCGUGUAAUAUUGUGCUAAAUAUUGAGGCCAUAGCUAACCCAGAUGAUUGUGAUGUUAUGUGUGGUGAUAAAAACAUAAGAUCAUUACCAAAACAAUUUCAAGUAGAAAAAGUUUUAUCGUUAAUAGGAUUUCGUGUGUUUAUUGAUACUAAUAAUAGUUCAAAAAUACUCGAUUUAAAACCUUUAUUAAAAUGCAAUUUAUUUAUUUAUGCAAUAAAUACUAUAGCUAUAUCAUCAGAAUGUGAAUGUGUAUUCAGUUCUACGAAUAACAUUAUUACUCUGAAAAGAAAUGCAUCGUCUACUAAAACCAUCACAUCUAUAUUAUAUAUACACUGUAUUGGUCCUCCUGUAAAUUUAUUUGAACCGAGCUGUUAUGUUACAUCUUCGAUACACAAUGGUAAUAAAUCAACUGAUGAAGAAUGUUGUCCAUAAAGAAAUGUAAACGAUGAAUAACAUACUUAACAAAACAUGUGGUCUCUAUUGUAUUAAAAACAACAAUUAUGAAUUUUGUUAUUUAUUUUGCAUUAGCUGUCCCGAUUGGUCUUGUUUAUGCUAAUUUUUUUUUUACCCAUAUUCCUUUUUAGUUUUGACCGUUUCAGUAAUGAAUAAAAGCCAAUAGUUGGAAAGUGGGAAGUCCACCUUUGGCGAACUAAAAGUAUUCUGUUAUGACAUGUUUUUUUAAUUUUAAAUUACUAUUUGUCUUAAGCAUUAAAUAUUUCUGGAUACACCAUGUUAAGUGUAUCAUCUUCUGAGGCCAGCACAAAUAUAUUUUUAUUGCAUGUGACAUGUGACAGAGCUACGUAAAAUUGACCAUAGGAAAAACAUUGGAUGAUUAGGUCUAAACCUACAAUAUUUAAUGUUUGACCUUAUGCCUUAUUGAUGGUCAUUGAAAAAGAUAGUUUUACGAGAAAUAGAAGCCGUUUAAACUGGAAUCGUAGAUUGGUUGGUAUCAUAGGUAUUCUAGGAACCAAAACCGUUUCCUUAACUCCAUAGCCAGUGAGAAUCAUAAACUCAAGCAGAGAGUUUUUUAAAGAUUUUAUUUGCAAUCUUGUGCUGUUGCAUAAUUUUGGUAGAAAUAAUUUUCUAGUAAUAUUAUAGGAGAACAAACUUUUAGAAUUAAUUUAUGCGGUAGAGUCCCUGGAAGCAUUAAAGAAUUUAAAAAUUCAAUUGGAUAAUGUACCGCCUCCUCUCUAUCAAUAACAGUAUUAACUGAAUAGUAAAUUUUUGUUGGUGCAUUGAAUCUUAACAGUACCAUGUCAUUUAUUUUGUUGAAUUGCCCGUUAGUUGAUGAUAAUAUUGUUCUUUCUUGAAACCAACUCAAAGUCUUAGUAGAUAUGUUAGAUAUUUCUAAAGUCUAUAGUUUCUUUUUUUAGAAUUUGCCAUGUUGCCGCGUCUUAUAUUAGACUUUUAUUUAGGCAUGACUAAAAUACAAACAAUUUUUAAAGACAGUUUAUAGUUUCUUUGCAUAAUACAGCACAUAGAUCUUUAUAAUUAUUUGUAUUAAUACUAAUUACCAUAGAUACUAUAGAUACGUUUUGACUAACCUUUAAAUUUGUUUUCAUUUCAUCCGUGUUACUAAAGUAAUCCAAAUAAAUAAAUAAUAAUAAUAAUAAUAUAUAAAAACUGAAUUUCGGGUGACGGUUUUCAAUAGAGAAUGGAUAUAGACUAUAGCUUAGACUAUAGUUAUAGCUAUAAACCUUCCUCGGUUAAUUGUCUAACCAACAGUGUAAAUCACAUCGAAACCCAUUCAGCCGUUUCGAAGUUUAUCCCGAGCAAAAAAAACUACAUUAAAUUAUAAUAUAUCUAAUAUUGAUAUUGAAUAAACAUGUUGAUUAUUAUUCUUUUAUUUUCUACUGAAACAUGUAGAAUGUAGGUAUAGCUAUCAAAAUAUAUUUGGAAUAUAAAUAUUUGUAGCUGAAACGUGCCCCCCAUGGGUCUGUGUUAAGUAAAUGUGCACUUGAAACGCAGUUUUUAAAUCGUUGGAUUGAGCGCCUCUACUGGCUCUACUUAAUUUUUCCUAAUUCGAACACUGUUUGUGCAGUAAUAUUACUAUAAAACUACUUUAUUUUAAUUUAAAACAUCAAAUAUUAUUAUAAUAUGUGUUAUAAUUAAUUAUUAUUUUUGCAGGUACUAUAAUAUUCAUAAAUCAUUAUAAGCUAGUAUACUGCAGUGUUUUUAUUAUAGUACAUACAGUUUAGAAACAAAACAAAAAAAGCAUACAUCAUACGAGAGUUUGAUUUUAGUUUUAAUGGUAAUAUUUUAGUACAAGUUCAUUAGAGGAUUUGCCUUUUAGCUGUUGUUUUUAACUUUCAUCAAAUACGAUUCUAUUUAUUUAUAUUUUUUUAAAUAAGAAAAGAAAAAGAUUUGUUUAACUUUUUACAAACGAAACUAAGUCGAUUAAAAGAAGUUGUUUUUAUUACUUCAAGUAUUUCACAAAUAAAUAAUAUUAUAUUAAUGUAAUUAAUGUAAUAAAUAUUAGAAUAAAUAAAUUUAAUAAUAAAUAUUAAAAUGCAUCCAGAAGAAAUUCAGUUCAAAUCAAAAUAUUUUUGUUAAGAUAAAUUUAACAAUAAUAAUACAAAAUUAAGUAGAUUUGAACUGUAAACGCUAAACGCAAAUAUUUUAAGUUGGUUUUUAGUUAAACGAUAAUUUUUACUUAAUUGAGUUGAAGUACAUAUAUAAUAUCAUAUUAUCAUUGAUAAUAUGUAAUAGUAGUAGGUAGUAGAAUAAAUUACAAGUGUUGAUUUCAGAGUCGCUAUAAUUAUAAGUACUACCUAUCUAUUACAUUGAAUAUUGGAAACUAUAUAUUAUAGAGUUGGGAAAAUUACCGACCGAUUAAUCAAUAAACGAUUAAUGUUUUAGUGUAAGUAUGCAAUAUGCUGUGUCGACGUGGAAUACAUUAAGUUUUGAAUAAUAAUGCAAAUGACUAAUGCGUUUCAGUGUAAAAGUCUCUGUGUAACGACGGAGCUUUAACAUUUACAAUAAAUGAUUGAAAACUGCAUUUAACCACUAUAGUUUUGUCACGGAAAUGAGGUUCAGUUUUAUUGAUCAUUAAAAAGUUAGUCGUUUAUGUUUAUUACUUACAUUUGAAUAUACUUAUUUAAAAAAAUAAGCACAGUCCAAAAUGUAUUUACUCACAGUGUAGGAAUCUCCUUUUAGGUCGAAUAUCUUUAGAUUCUAAACGAAGCGAUGAAUGUAUCGGUUUUAAAAGGAUGUUUAUUUUAAAUUCUGAGUGGAGCUUUUGGUUUAAUAAAGAUGUUUAUUUGUUUUUUUCUCCGAUUUCAAGUGUAGCACCUUUUCUGAAAGGAAAUCGGUGUAGGGAGGUACUUAAGCGAGAUCAAUUUUUGAUUAUCUCAAGAGUUUUCCCAGCAAAUGUGAAAAACCGGGAAAGACAUGGGAAAACCAGGAAAAACGUAGAAAAAAGGGGAAAAUCUAUACAACAUUAAACAAAUAUGAUUAAAGAAAAUAUAUAAUGCGUAUUUAAUUAUUUUACUAUAGUAUGACCUAUAAUCGUUUUUUUGUUAGCAAUAGUUUAUCGUUGCUUACAAGUAUACACUAAAUUACCUAUAACAGUAGCUACAUCAGUCUCUCUAGGACACAUUUUUUUAUUUAAAUUUCUUAUGUAAUUACACAUAACUAGAUAUUUUUAAAUUGAAAAACUGCAAAAAAAUAAAACCAUUAAUACCAUAAACUUUCCAGUUUUUCUCAUUUUUUCUUAAUUAUUAAGAAAACUUCAUGAAAAAUAAAAAAAAUACUUCUUCACACACCAACAAGACCCAAUUUUCUUUCAGAAAUGAUGCUGCUCUUGACAUUUGGAGAUUAAUACUACAUUCUUUUAUGGAAUUUUUAAAAUAGGUUACUAUUUCAAAAUCAAAAGUAGGUAGUGGUUUUGACUCCAAAAAUGAGGAGAACAAAAAAUAACACAAAUAUAAAAUUGUAGAAUUGCUUAUUGUUUCUUAAAUGUUUCAUGAUACAAAUUCCGAAAAAAUUUUUUUUGGAAACAAAGUGCAAUAGCGAUAAUAAUAUAUUGUAGUGUAUAGAUUUGUUUGUGUUAAUUUUACUUAUUCAAUACACAUGCAUAAUUAUCUAUUAAUAGGCUAUUUAAUAUUAUGAAGUGCCGGUAUGAAGGUCAGGCUUCUACAUUGUAGUAUACUUCACUGCAAACUUUCCACCCGGCAAUAUUACGGUAUUUAACGACGUCAUCGGUGGCGUGUCCAUCUUUAUUCGCAUGUAUAUGUAUAUUAUGUAUUAUAUAUUAUUAUUGUUAUAACGAAUAUCUGUCACGAUUUCAUAAUAUAUAUAUAUAUUCGAGCUGGAGGGAAUUAAAUGCAUAGUUAAAUCACCGACAACAACACGCCGACCCUUUUCGAUAUACUCGUAUUAUGUUUGCUGGUUAUUAUAAAUCAAAUAUGUAUAGCUAAUGAUGAUAGUUAAUCGAAAAAUGGUCUGUUGCCAAAAUUUAUUUGAACAAAAAAAAAUAUGAUGAUAAAAACUUCACAUCGUGAGUUCGCCACUACAGAUGAGUAUCCAGGAAUUUCCUAACGGGAGGGAGGUGGAAUGAAAACAUGCAAAUUGUUUUUUACAUUAUCACAUUAAAUUACUUAGUAUAUAAUUUAUGAUCUUAAAUAGAUUUAAAAAGACGUGAUACCCGUAUGUGCUGUUUUCGUCUUACAAAUAACAUACAUUUUCCAAUAUUGUACAACCAAUGUUAUUAUAUUAAAGUUUGUUAAUUGAUUAAUUUACUCUUAUAAUUUUAAAACUAACAGUACAAUGUUGUCCUUGUUGAACGCAAAUUUGUUGUGUACAAAAACAAUACAUGCGGGUAUCAUGCCUUCGUAAAAAAUGCUCAGAGAUAGAUAACAAUACAUGGGUGACAUUUAACAUUUUUAUGGAAUGAAAAAUCUAUACUGAAAAUUAAAUUCAACUUGAAAUUCACUUGUAGUAUAUGUAAACACAAAAUCAAUAGAUUUCAUACUUAAUUCUAGCCUUUAAUCAACACAUAUUCAAAUUUAUAAUAUAAUUCAAAAACGUAUUCAAAUUAGUUUUAAUAUUGAUUAUUUAUUUUAUAUUAUCUAAAAUACACAAAAAAUACAUACUUAAUUUGUUUAUUAUUAGAACAAACAAUAUAAUAUGUUGUAUAGUGUAAUAAACAUAAUAAGUCAAAACCAAAUCAUAUAGGUAGCUUUAAAUUGACAAUGUCUAUAGGUAUUUCAUAUAAGCACAAUUUAAUUACGAGUGGGUACUUAUAUCCAGAAAUUUAAUCAAUACAAAUCUCAACAGUAUUAUAAAAUACAUAAAUAAUGUAACCAUAUAUUUUAUAGUACAUUAAUGCAAAUCUUCUACGAUUUAAUUUAGUAAAAACUGUCUUAAGUCGUUAAUCAUGGUAGUCAGUGCUAUAAUACCAGUAUUAUAUUAUUUAAAACAAUGUUUAUUUAUCUCCUGAUGAAGUUAUAAACAGUGAUAACAAAAAUUGUUGUUAAUAUUAUCUUAUAUCUUAUCUAUUAUUAUAUUAUAAUUAAUAUUAUUUUAGGACAUAAAUUAUACAAAAUGAACUAUUUUACACAUUUACACAUUUUAAGUAUGCUAACAAAAAUACAUGGGAUGCAUGUGUACAUCCAGUGGCGACGAAUCCUAUCCUAUUCUAUCCUAAUUGUAUUCUAAUCCAUCCUUCAUUUAUAUCAAUACUGGCUGUUAACAAAUAAUUAUGAACCACUGUCAUCAUAGUUCGUGAUAUCAAUCAUCUUUGACAUCAUAAUGCUUAUAAAAUACUAACAUUAUGUUAUGAAAUGUAUGUAGUUACAUAUGGCCAUGUAAUACAAUAAUAUUCAUUUUUCACUAUUUUAUUAUUUACCUACAGUGUGACCCACCGUGUUCGACGAAUUUUUCUAGCACUGUAAAUAUUAUAUUUUUUUACGAUUCAUUUUUUUUUUUUCAAUUGAUUUGUGUUCGAGGGGGUCAUUGAUUUGGAGGAAAAUUAAAUUUUUAUUUUUAUCCCCUAAACACACACACAAAAAAAAACGUUAACUUUAUUUAUUGACUUUAGAAAAUUUUCAAAGUAGCCAUUUUGUAAAAAAUAUUAUUCUUGAAAUUUUAAUGUAUCAUACAUUUAUAUAUAAUUAAUAGUUUUUUAAUUAAGUUUUAAUUUCUAGAAAAUAGGCAUGAAAAAAAAUAAUAUUCAAUAGAAAGUAAAGAAUUACUGUGCUGAUUGUGAUUCCUUAUCGCGUAACGCGUUAUUUUAUUGAGUAUUAAUUGUUUUCACGACUAUUUUUAGAAAUUAAAAUAGCUAUAACUGAGAAAUUAUUUAUUGGAUAUGAAUGUGUGAUAAAUUAAAUUUGUUUACGAAAUGGCUAUUUUGAAAAUUGUCUAAAGUGAAUAAAUAAAGUUAUUGUUUUUAUUGUUUUGUGUGUAUUUAAGGGAUAAAAAUAAAAAUUUUAUUUUCUUCCAAAUCGAUGUCUCCCUCGAAAACAAACCGAUUGAAAGAAAAAAGAAUCGAAAAAAAUGUAAUAUUUACAGUUCUAAAAAAAUUUGUCGAACACGAUGGGACACACUGUAUAAUAAAUAAACACAGUGAAGGGAGGGGAACACCUACAGAGUAAGCUACAUCUACAACUCCUCUCGCUGUACUACUGGGCCACUGCAAUACAUAAUAGGUGAAUAGUUCGGUCAUCUGUUAUAUAUGAACCUAAUAGUUGAAUUACCUGCCUCUCAUCGAUGCCUUUCAAGUCUAAUUUAAAUUGUUUCUUUUCUCACAAGGAACCUUCUAGGAAUACCAGAAAUAAAAGUAAGUUAAUAUAUCAAGCCAGCCCCCAUAUACAAAAAUGUUAAUUUAAAAUUCGGCUUUCGAGAUGUUAUCGAACUAGCAGCCUAUUUGUGUAAUUUAUUUUACGCUGUAUAUUUCAAAAUAGGAAAAGAUUAAAAAAAAAAAAACCCGAGUUUUUGACUUUAUAACUUUAUAACGUUGGUAACGCAUUGUUUUUAACACUUUAAUAUUGACAUAAUGACAGUAUGAUAGUGCGUGCCAUUGCACAUCGAAUUUUAUAACUUUCCAAGUAGAUUUUAAAUGGGUUUAUUGCCAUUUUGCUAUAUUAUUAUGUUGUUUAAUUUUUACAAUAUUUCAAAGAACAUAAAAUCAUAAUAUUGGGUAUACAUUGAAUUCGCGUAUUAAAUUUAUAAUUUGGCAAGAUAAUGAUAACGAAAAUAUAAUGCACCGUAAAUGCUUUUCAAAUAUUUAUUUAAAUUAAAAGUUCCUACUUAUAUUGUUCAUUAUUUAAUGUUUAAAAUAAUUGGUUUCUCUAAGCUCUGAGCAGAAAUUCGUAUUAAUAUUAUUAUCUUAUAUUUUAAAUAAAAUCAUCAAGAAAAUAUUUAAAUAAGGACCUAAAUAAUAAACAAAUAUAUAUAUUUUAUUUUUUUGAAAAAUUAACUUUUAUCUUGGAAUAUUAACUUGUAUCUACUUAUUUACGUAAUGACAUUGAAUUAUUCAUAAAUUGUAGGUUGUUAGUUUUGUUUUUGUUUUUGUUUUUUUUAUUUGUUAUUUUAUGUUAUAAUAUAUAUUUACUUUUUCGUUAUGAUUUUCUAUGCAGAUUAUUCAUUUACAAAUUACGAUACUGCCAUUGAUCAACUACGAAGCAAUAACUUUGAAGUUUAUAUUAGUAUAUAAAUUUAAAAUAGUAUAUAUUAAAUUUAUGAAAACAAUAAAAAAUAACGUAAACUGUUAUUGCCAAAAUUUUCCCGUGUUUUCUUAAUAAUUAAGAAAAUAACAAAUAAAAUAAAAAAAUAACUAUGUAGAAAAAAUCUGCUUUUAGAAAUAAUCCAAUCACUUGAUAACCAGUGCAAGAUUUCUAGAGUGAAAAAAGUAUCUGAAAAUGUCAGAAAGUGUUUCUGUUUUGUUAACAAAACAGACAAAAAAAAAAAACAUAUAGUAAAACCAAUAGGUACGUAUUUCAUUAUGCUCAGAGUUUAUAAAAAUGUUAGAAAAAAGACGGAAAUACUUCGUACGUGGGCGGGCCACUAUUGUAGAUGAAAAUUUGGGAUGAUAGAGAAGAAUUUAAUGUAUAUCUGUACACAACGAUUAAUCAUUGUUAACGAUAUACGAUUCUGAGCUGAGUUAGGUUAAACACGUUUAAAAGGCAGUAAUAUUUACGAUUUUCGUCAAAAUUUGAUAUUAAAAUUCUUACAAAAAAAAAAAAAAAUAUUACAUUAGACUCAAAUUUUUCUUGUUGAAUUACUAUGUACACUUUAUAAUAAACCUACUGUUAAAUUGUCAAGCAUUUCUGUUUGACCUAACAAUUUUAUCCACAUAGUAACUAUCGAAUAAAUAUUACGUAAAAACUCCCAAAAUUAAAAUGUCUAUAAAUAGCUCAAAAAUGAUUCAAAUAUUUUGAAAAUUGUAUUACGCCCAGAAAAAGUAACUAUAAGUUUUUGUCUUAAUUUCAAGUCCCCCACAAACAUUUUAAACUGAAUUACCAUAAAACAAAAUUGAAAAAUAAUAAAAAGUAUUAUUUUCGUAAAUUUCCCGUUUUUUUUUUACGUUUUACCCCGGGUUUUCUAAAUUAUUUUGAAACCUGCAUGGAUAAUCAAAAAAUAACCUUUUUAAAGUAACAACUAGAUAAAAUCACAAGGUGAAAGUGCUACACUUGAAAAUCGGAUCAUUAUUUUUGGUUAAAAUUUUGUAUACAGUAUAAAAAAAAUUAACAUCGUUGUAAAAGCAACACAUUUCUUGCUUCGCUCAGAAUCGAAAAUGGAACUGUACGUCACGCAAAUUAAUAUGUAUAAAUAUGUCCAUGCGAAUGGAAAAAACACAUUUUGGUUAUGCAAUUUUAAUCACGCUGGAGCAACCUGAUAAGUUUAAAUUGGACUUUUAGGAAAUUAGAAUGAUUUUACGUCUUAAGCUAUAAUAUAUCUUAUUCGACAGCUUUUUAAUUAAAAAUGCAGAUAUAUAAAUCCCAUCAUCUUGAAUAUACAUUUAAAAUUUCUGAAUCUUAUAUCUCAUUUGAUCAUAUUGCAUGUAACCCGGAAAACGUGUAACUAUUCACUAUUAUUAUUGUAUGUAGGUACGACGAAUCACGUCGUAAAAACGGUUAUAGAGCCGUGUAUACCACCCCAGAUGAUUUACAUACUUUUAUUAUUGAAACGUUAAAAUGUAAAAAUUAAAUGACAAAAAACGGCGCAAAUUAAAAGUUUUGUUAGGUAUAUAUUUUAUGUGUGUAAUGAAAGAAAUAAAAAUUUAACGAAAACAUAAAUUAAACAGUUUUAUGAAGACGGGUUUUCACAUGUAUCCUGUAAAUUAAAAUUACGUAUUUCAAGCGUUCAUAAAGAUCCCUGAUUAUUUAGUUGAUUAAUUAAAUUACAUGCAUCACACCAUAAUAUUGUUUACACGAUAUUAUACGAAUAUUUAUUAAUUUAAAAUGGCGGCUAAUGAAAAUUAUAUUACCUUACAACUUUAAUUAGCAAAUUCUUGUAGAAAAUCCUGUAUACUAUAUAAAUAUAUAGUACAACACUACAAUAAAAUGUAAAGGCUGCUUAAGCCGGAUAUUUAUCAGGGAAUAAUACUUCACUGAAAACAUGCAUAUAAAAUAUAACAUUAUUAUCAAUAUGUAUAAAAAAUUACAUUUUCGUAUAAAUUGUUAUUAUUCAAUACCGACAUUUUUUUUUAAAUUUUCAGGUAUAGGGAUUAGGAGGGAGUCAGUGUUCUUUGUGAAUAAAAGCCUUAUCUAACUAGUAUAAGUAACCAGUAUAAUGAAUACAAAUUAAGUUAAGUAAAAACAUUUUAUAUUGUUCAAUGAAAUUAAUUUAAAAUUACCUACAACCAAAUUAAUUGCUAUUAUUUUUAUUUCGUUCGAAUAAUGUUUUUUACAAUACAGCAAAAUAGAAAUCGAUAUUAUCAAAACUGUUAGUAUAUAUAAUUCAUAAUAAUUGUAUUAGGUCAUAUAUAUGUAUAUUAAAAUAAAAUAAUGUCUGUAUCUUUACCUGACUUUAGAUUCAGAUUAUGUAAUUAUGUUUGCAAUUUUGUAAUCAAAAUAUUACCAUCGCAUUAAUUUAUACGAAUUAAGUGAUCUGUACAAUGUAAUAUUUAGAUUCUGAGUGUAACGAAGAAGAAGCCAUUAGUUUUACAAAGAUGUAAUUUAACGAUGUACGAUUAAUAAAAUUGUUUUCCUAUUAUAGUAUUGUAUAAUAUUUGAAAUUGUGUAAACAUUUUCUGUAAUUCAUCCCUUACGUUCUAAUUUAUGUUAAUUUCUGAGUGAUCUUGGCAACAAGAGAAAAACACGACUAAUAUUACUCUGUUCAAAACUGUUUUUUUACAGCAAUUAUAUAAAGUAUGUAAACUAUAACUAUAAUUAUAUUUAAAUUACCCGUAUAUCCUACCUUGUCAGCUAAUCACCUACAACAGUGUCCUACUCGUGAGCAGUAUCAAAGUUUUUUUUAUUUUUAGUUAAUUAUCAUUUGUUUUGAAUUUAAUGAAAUGAUAAUUCAGUUCAUUUUUUUUCACUAUUCAAGUAUUAUUAUGAUUACAUGUGUACAAUAAUAAUAUUAUGUAGCUUUACACAAUUUUCGGUGGACCUUACCGGAAUAUUAUAAUCGAAAAUCAAUUUAUUAUUUGGCUGUUGGACUGGCAGUGGAGGUGAAAAGGGAUAACUGCUGAGGUCGUACUCUGCAGACGCCGAUAAUUUUUAAGUGAUUGAAAACUGACGUUAUUUCGGCGAAUGCCUUUUUAGUCACGUAAAAACUGAAAGUAGUCAACGAAAUUAACGAACGCCAGCUGUAUAUAAUAUUAUACUCUUUGCAGCUGCAUCUAGUUAAAGAAAUACCAACGGUAGUGGAUGUUAUGUUGUACAAUAUUAUUAUAUUUCUAAAAAACAAGCAGUUACCGUUUUCAAAGAUAUCGAAAAGGUAAGGUUACAGAAAAAAUAGAGCUGAUACUUGAGAUGGGUGUACCACUGCUGUAAGUUGGGAAAUUAGGACACAUAAAGGUAUUUGAUUUACAUUCGUAGGCACAUAACAAUAAACUAUUGCUAAGGAAAAAAUAUUUUGAACGAAAUUCAGUUAUAGUUUUCGCUUAAAAAGAUUUUUUUUAUUAUUUCUAAAAAAACUAUAUUAGGCUCAACUUAUCUUUUUGAAUUCUAAGUACGAUAAUUUAUAAUGAUCCCCGUAUACAAUUUUUAAAUAUUUCUAUUUGGUUAAACAAAUUUAUCCACAUAUAAAAACAAAAACCUCAAAAAUGCUAAUAAAUACGAGGAAGAGGGUGGCAUUCAAAUUUUGGAAAUGGUCAUACAAAUUCAUAAAAAAAGCGUUUAAUGAUUUUGCCAAGAAAAAAGUUGAGAAUUCCGAAUUGGGGUGGUGGGAGACACGGUAUUUCAGUAAUUAUGGAGGAAAGGGUCGCGAAAAAAUUUCAAAAAUGGUCAUACAAAUUAAUACAAAUUGCUUUCUUUAAUCGUACAGUAUAAAAUAUAUGAAUACUUAAUUAUUUACAUAAAGAGGGCUGCAGACAUAUGUCUUUGAACAAAUUCUAAAAACUGUCAAAUAAAUUAAUAAAAAUGUCGUAUAAAAUAUUUGAAUAUGAAUUUUCUAGAAUUUUCUUGAUAGGGAGGGGGCUAAGAUUUACUGUUGCCUCCGCCGGAUCUGGACGGACGUUGCGCGCAAACGCAACUUUUUGCCGCACCAAAACCACCCCGCGUGCAAUCACCCACAUCCGUUUCUGGAUCAUUAAUCGCUCGCGGCCGGCGUCACGUGCUUUCUCGUAGGAAAGACUUAAUUCGAUCUAAGACGCUGGUACUCGUCUAGAGAUCCAGCCGUCCGACUCCCAUUUAGCAGGCUUACGCAAACUGGUUGGCUAUGUUACGUCAGAUUUGGUGUCGGAGACUAAGCGUUCCCUUACUUGUCCGCGAUACUUUGCACUUAUUCGAGCCGUUCCCUUUGAGGGAGUAUAUAGUCCGCGCGAAUCGAUCGAGAGCCACGAGUGACCGGGAAGGUGUCGCCAGGUUGGCAACACUCCACGGCCCCCGGAUCCCCAAGGCGCACAGGGCCUUAGUGAGUUGCGCUCGUAGCUCAGCAUGCUGCGGACAGUGCAAAAGUACAUGCCAGUUCUCCAUGAGGGACUCGCUACAGUUGCACACUGUACUUACAUAAAAAUGUAAAUAUAUUAAUAAGACACACAAUUACCAACACAAAUUUGUCGAUAUUAGAAAAAAGAUAUAACAAGAAACAGCGCGUCGUCUAAGUAACGCACAGUUUCACCUAAAACCUUUCGAGUUUAUAAUACAUCGUUUAUAGUGACAUCGACUAUAGUUUAACAUAUUGUUUUCAUAUAACUAGUUUCCCCGAUAGGCUGCGCGUAUUUCGAGUUUUCUCUUGGUUUUGGCCGUGUUAGAAUUGAAUGAAAACAAAUAGGUGGAAAGUGGGCAGUCCACCUGCGGCGGCCUAAAUGUGUUAUAUUGUGAUAUUUAAAUAGUGUAAAUAAUAGUGACAAUAAAAAUUAUAAUAGUUUUAUUUUAUAAUGUGUCGGUGACUUGUUGACGGGUCAGUCUUUGUCUCAAUGCAUUAGCUCGACGGCGUUUAUUGUGUUGCUCUUGACUUUCAUUAGUACGUGUGAUUGCAGCCUGGUUUCUAUUUUCAUUGUCCGUCAAUUGAUCUUCUGCCGAUCUAUUUAACCGACGGUUCUGGACUAAUUGUGAAUUCCGAGUCCGUCGUCCAAUAUUUCUUCCUUGUACACGAAGACGUGGCAUUGUUUUAUGUACGUGACUUUUUAGAAAAAUUGAUGUUAUUUCAAAAUAAAGAAUAAUGAAAUUAUUAUAUUAUUUGUCUUUCAUUUCAUACUUUGUUUAAUAUCCUAAUCGCUUGAAAUAUCAUACAGGACAACGUCUGUCGGGUCCGCUAGUGUGAAUUUAAUACACUUUAAUAUUCACUGAAAUAUCAAAAGACAACAAAAUUAAAAUGUCAAAAUAACGAAACACACCUAAUAUAAUACACUCAAAUUAAAAUGUAGAAAAAUAAACGAAAUCCUAUGCACGUAAUUUAAUUUAAUCGAGUAUAUUAAUGCUUAAUAUUUAUGCAAAUGCGAUAUGAAUGAAUACAUACACAAAAUGAAUGAAAUUAAUAAAUGAAUAAAUGACAGACGUUGUCCUGUACGAUAUUUCAAGCGAUUAGGAUAAAUUUAUUUAAGUCGAUCCAGUCGUUUAGUUGCAUUAUAGAUAAAUAUUCCGACGGAACAUGCAGUAUAGAUAAAUAACCUAGAUACCGACUGCAGCGUCAUCUGCCGGGCUGAUUUGUUAAUCUAAACCAUCCAAGGCGUCACCCAAACACAUACAAAAAACUUCAUUCAAAUCGGUCCAGCCGUUUAGAAGGAGUUCAGCGACAUACACACGUACAGUAGAAUUAUAUAUAUAUAUAAAAAUAAACAUUAAAAAUAACUUGACAAUUGAUAAUAAUUUAAGAACAGAAUAUUCUUAGCGAUGGAAUAGCAAAUAGUUUUAGUAUUUUUCUAUUUUUCAGAAAUUUUAUCAAUCUGAACUGAAUGGUUUUCUAUACACCGAUUGGUUAGGUAUAGCAUUAGAUAAAACCAAAGUAUAACAUCAUUAACACUUCUUUACUUCAUUUUUCGGAAAUCUAAAUAAAAAAGCGGACAUAUUUCACACGUGGAUGGAUGAUUAUUGUAGGUGAGAAUCGGUAAGGUAGAGAGGAAAUUGAAUGUAUUUAUGUAUCCAACGAUUAUCCAUUGCUAACGAAUAAACGAUUUUAAGUAGAGUUCGGUAAAUAGUGUUGCUUUGUCAAUAAUAUAUAUGCCAUAUUAUGGUAAAAUAAUUACAUAUGUGUUAUAUAUUUUUUUUAAUAAUAUUUGUUUAAUAUUGUACUUAUUUUUCCAUUUUUUCUCAUUUAUUGGUUAAACUGCUGGGAAAAUCAAAAAAUUACUUCCUUAAAGUACCUUCCCAGUCAGAUUUCAAGGAAAUUUUAUUUGAGUGGUACUUUAUUUGAGCUAAUUUUUUGAUUUUCUAAGCAGUUUUCAUAAUAAUUGAGAAAAACUGGGAAAAAAACGUAGGAAAAACAGGGAAAUAUAUUAUUUUCAAUUUUGGUUUUUGUUGUAAUUCAAUAAAAAUUAUUCGUAGAGACUUAAAAUUUGGACAGAAAAAUAUUAUAUUUAUCUUUUCUAGACCUACAGGUAAAAUUUUAAAAAUAUUUGAGCCAUUUGGUACCAUGAGUAACAUCAGUGGCUCUAGUAGUUACCCGAGAUACUAAGAUAUUACCCUUAUAAUAUAGAACCGCUAAUUUCCGAAGCCCGGGCUAGUCUCUGCCACUUUAGCUACUGGCUAAGAUCACUCAACGAACAAAAAAAAUUUUGUUUAAGUUUGUCCGUUCGAUUACAGUUACUCACAUAUAUGUACGGUGAUAAAAUAUGCGGGGAUUCAGGUCCAAUAUAUAUUUUUAAUUUGCAAAAGCUGGUAUAAAAUUGUGACUUCUGGGGAGAGGCUACAGAGAGACAUAAUAUAAUGGUUACCGCCUUUGGCACAUCGGACAAAGGGUUAGAAAGUAAAAGUCUUUCGGGAUUGCGGUGGUCGAAAAUACGUUUUAUCAAAACACAUUCCACUUGUCCGGGAAAAUAAUAAGCACCUUCUCCCAUGUGUCGUCCGAGAAAUAUUCUCCCAUUCAAAUUCAAAUUGCGGUAUAAUAAUUAUUUUUAAUAUUAAUAUAUUAUAACAGUCAUGCUAUGAAUUCCAGCAUUUAAAUUUCAUUGUCUGCUACGGUGGAAACAGUUUUGUUGGUCUUGUGUCAUAUACGAAACAACACAUUGCACCGCGACGUCGGUUGUGUCCACGUUACAAAGGAAACGGAUAUGACAAUGAACCGUUUUCAAAAUACCUAUCAGCGACCCGUUAAAAAACAUCAUACUUUUACAGUACCGUAUUGAAAAUUGUAUACUCACCAAGUAAAAUAAAAAAAAAACUAAACGUUAAAAAAUACAGGUACCUACAGAAAGAUAUGUAUAACUUCCUACAAAAAUGACUUUUUUAUCUGUAUUUAAAGCAUAGUGUAAACUCCUACAUAGUCCCUUAGCCUAAAUUAUAUGGUGUAAUUUCUUACACAGAACUUUUUACUUUUUAGUUCUGAGUGUAACGAGGAAUGUAUAUUGGUUUUACAAUGAUGUUUGAGAUAAUUCUACUUCAGUGAGAAAAAACGUAAGAUUUUAAAAUUGCAUAAUUUUAAAUAAACACGCACGAUGUUUUAUACCAGAAAUAGUUCUCUAAUGGAAAAAUGAUAAGAUACUUUUUUUAUUUCAUUUUGGAUAAAUAAUCGUAGAAAAAAUUUAGUAAAUAUAUUAAUAUAAGGCAUCUUAUGAGAAAUUCUCGAACAUUUCUAUAACGUCUACGUUAUUUUUAUAAAUCGGAAAUGUAAUAAUUUCUACUUUUUAUUUUUUUAAUUAAUGAUUGAUUUUUACUUAUUUUAAUUUUUACAACUUUACAACUAUCUAGUGUAGGAGUUAACAUUAUAUUUUGUAAGAGUUAACAUUAGGUUAAUAAUAGGAUAUUACCAUCCACCAAAUUUAGUAGGCGCUAUUGAAAAUAUAAAAAUUAUUGACAAUAACAAUAGGUAAUCAACAAUUAGAUAGAUGUUCAGAAGAAUUUUCAAAUUAUAAUUGCAGUUUAGUAGUUUAGUACAUUGACAGCAUAUAAUUAUUUUCAAUAUUUUAAAAAUUUUUUUAUAUUAAUAACGACUUUAUAAUGGAAUGGUUUAAAAUUAAAUCAUAAAAAGACAAUGAUUGUCGAAAAAAAUUGUUUAAAUCACCUUGACAAAAUAGGGCAUCAGACAAAAUAUUAUAAAUGCAUUGACAAUUACGGAGGUUGAGCUAUUAAAAAAAAUAAAAUAAUGCAGUAUUAUCUAAAAAUCAUAUUCAUCAAACAAAUGGAGUUGAGUUUAGUAGUUGUGGUUUUCGAAACAAAUUAAAGAUAAGUAAAAAACUUAACAAUUUGUAAUAGGUAGUAUUAGAUUUUGGGCGUAAAAUAAUAAAACUGUUAACUCCAUAAUUUGUAAAAUUUGAUUUUUCACCCUUUUUGGUUUUCAAAAUUAUUAUGAAAUGUAUUCUACCUUCUCAUCUUUUCAGCUAAAAUUUGUAUAAUUGUUUUAAGAUUGAAUUUAAUAAAAAAUUAUUGUGUCAACAUUUAUGUGAAAUAAUUUUUUAUGUAAUAAUUAAAACAAAAAUUACUUUAAGGAUGAUAUUUCUAUGUAUCCUACAAAAUCUGUAAUAUAAGCUUUAAUGAAAUGAGGAAAACAAUAAUGACUUGUGGAAUUCAAUAAGUUCAUCAAAAUCUGAAGACACUUUAUCAGUAUUUUAGUGUAAAAAGUUUAGUACAUAGGACAAAAAUGAAAAAAGAUUGAUAGACGAUGGAAGAGAUUUUCUAAUAGGUAAAAAUUAUUAGGUAACACUUGUCAUUAAUUAUGCAGACACAAACAUUGUUUUAAAAUUAAUUUCGUUAGUUGUAGGAUCUGACGGCGAUUACGAUAAAAUUAUAAUAUUUGAAAUUGGGAAACCAUUAUUUUACAUACCUACUAUUAGUUUGCAGCUAAUUUAACAUCUCGACCCAGGGGAGGACUACGUCGGUUUGCUGAUCGGAAAACGUGGACUGGCUUAUCAUUCGUAUUAUAAUUUGGUCCGUCGGACAAAAAUAUAUACCUGUUUUUAUCAUAUGAUGAGUUUUAAACCUUAAGCACUAAAUAAUAUACGUAUACACAGUGAAAAUAUUAUUAACUAAUGGACCGAUACAGUAAUAAUUCCGUUAUAUUUUUGUUAUCAUCUGAAUGCAGAGAUAACAUUUUCUUUAGUGCCCAGAAAAACGGCAGAAGUACGAUUGAGAAUGGUCAUUAUCGUCGAUACCAUUUUUAAACCCUAUAGACUAAUUACGAUUGAGAAUGUUCGAUUUUUAUAAUUCCACGCAACGUUGCCAAAUAUGUAGUAAUCUGAAAAUUCAACCAAACAAAAAUAUAAAUAUUUAUGUAUCGUAAUCGAGUUUAAUGAUUACCUAUUAGUGUUUGAAAUAGCAUAUUACUGAAUCCAUCAAUAAUGAUAAUCUACAUAAAUUCAACGAUAGCGAAUUGUUUGCUGAGAAUAAUCAAAAUAUACACAUUAAUGCAUUACUCAAUAUGCGGUUUCCCGUAUUAUGUGUUUUAUGCGCGAAAUAUUUUAUGUUAAUACUUAAAUAAAAUGGAAAAUAACCAAGACUUAUAUCCUCUGAGCGUGGUGGAAAUUUAAUUGUUAAUAAUUUUACUAUUUUCAUUAAUUAUUGGUCAAAGUUGAGUUGGAGAUUUAAAACUGCGAACUGGCCUGUGAUCUAGCCAGUCCAUCCCUGGACUUGACCGGACCCUCGGCAAAUAAUAGGCAUGUUACAUAAUAUUUCCGACAUUUUUUACUAUGUUGCAUCAUUCGUGCUGCGAAAUAUAACUUUAUAAAAAUAUUUUUUUUAUUUUCAUUUGCUUAUAGCACAAAAUAUUCCCGUCAAAAAUAUUUACUCGAUAAGCUUCUCUUGCUGUUACCAUUACCGAAAUUUAUUUUAAAGCGAAUAGGACACGCACUGCAGGCUUUUACGCUUGGGAAAUAGCCAAAUAUUAAAAUUAUGUAAAUAAUAUUGAAUUUUCCGAGUUAAAUAAAACGUUUCCGAAAAAAUAUGUAUUCAUUACAUUGUACAUUCAUAAUACCCUUUUACAUUAUUGUGUUUCACUGUUUUUAGUUGUUUACACCGCACAUGUUCGUCGAGUUGACACUGGCACGUUAUAAUAGGACUAUAACUAGUAUCAAUAUUUUGCUAGGUAUUUGCUAGAUUUUGCUAAAGUAUUUUUGGAUUUUCCUAAGGCGCCCAUCGCAUCUGGGAGAGGUUUUAAAUUAUUAUAAGCACCGGCAAGUCGUCUGAUUCAAACCAAAAUUAUAUUUUUGUUUGAAACUAUUUUCUACUCAAAUUUUAUUUUUACCACUAAGUACAACUUAUAAUGAACCCCUUGUUAAAUUUUUAAGCAUUUUUUUUUGUUCAUUCAAUUUUAUUUACAGAGUAUCUACCAAAUAAAUAUUACGUGAAAAAACUGGCUAAAUUAAAACGUCUAAAAAUAGCUCAAUAAUGACUUAAAUGUUUUGAAAAUUUAACCACGUUUACAAAAGGCAGCAUUUAUAACUAAAUUACAACAAAAAACAAAAUUUGAAAGUAAUGAAAGCAUUAUUUUUGUAAAUUUUCCCGUUCUUUCUUUGUUUUUUUUUCUGUUUUUUUCAAAUAUUAAAAACACCAAUGACAUAUUUCAUAUUAUGGGUUAUAAAUGUAAUAUUAAUUUUGUAUAAAAUAUAAAUGCACAAAAAAAUUACUUACAAUAUCAAUAUUAUUGUCAAUGUUUUUAAUCAUAUAAUUCAUAUAAAUGUUGUUUUGUUUCAGCACGGCGUCGGAGUCGAAUUCGUUAGAUUUUUACCAGAGACGCACCCUCCGGUGCUUUCAAACGUUUUCUGUGAACUUGGUGUCUGCGAAAACAUCGUAAGUAUUACGACGCGCACGCAUACACACACACAUACACACACAGGCACAUACACGCAUAAUACACACACACUUUUAUGUUUUGUUAUUCCUGUCAGAUAAUGUAAGUAUUAUAAUGAUCAGAGUAGUUCAAAGUGGAGAAUAUUAAAAGCUCAGGGAAUGUUAUUUUUAAUUUGCGUCGCAAUAAUCGAUGUUUUUAUAAUCGAAACAAAAUAAAUAUGAACCAUCUAGAAAAUUAAAAUCGAUUCAUUAUUAAUGUUUACUGAUUACAGAGUGAUCCAUUUACUAUUGACCAGUGAUUUCUCAGACGGUUUCAAGUGAAUUUGAUUUCUAUUUUUAUCAAUCAAUAUGUAUAGAAUCGUUUAAUACUAUUUUAAAUUUUUAUCUUUACUUUGUAUACCUAUGAGUAUAUAAUUAUGAUUUUUAAAUAGGACGCUGUAAACGCAGAUUCGGAUAGAGAAUAUUUUUCUAUACGUUUUGAUAUUCAUGACACUUACAUUAGAUUAACAUUAAUGAGAACUCAUUAAAUUUGGGAAGGAAAAGUAGGGAAGGGUAAUAAACUUUAUAUUCAAUUUUAGAUGAUUAAUUCAAAAUUAAUUACCCGAGAAUUAAUAUUCUUCCGGUCUAAACUUCAAACUGUUAUAACUUAUAUUAGUGGUCUAUGCAUAUCAAUAUUCAUAAAAAAUAUCCUCUAUUUCAAUCUGAAUUUAAAAGGAGGGGGGUCUUACUUAAAAAUUAAAAGUGUUAAUUCAAUCAAGGUAUAAUGAAUGAGGGGAAAAAAAUUGAAAAUAGUGUUUAAAAUAGUUUAAAUGAUUCCAUAAUGAUUAAAAAAAACAGAUCAAAGUUACUUAAAAUCUUCAGAGAAAAUCGCAAACUUUACUUUAUUUUUCUGAGAGAAACACAAUAAAUUAUUUCUUAAAAGAGGAAAAGAUUAUGCAUUUAUUUCGUAAUUUCGAAAUUUAAAAUUUAAAAUGGGAUGAGAUGAAUAUUCUUAUGGACAGUUAGAAAUUAUUAAAUAAUACGAUUAUCCGAAUAAACACACAUAAGAUCAAUAAACGCGAAUAAAAAAAGUAACAGAUCAGCUCCUCUCCACUUCGAACACCAAGAUCCAAAUAUAAGGUUAAUAGAAAAUGUAUGAAAUUCUGUUUAAGACGAUCACGGGUGACUGUGACGCUACGCCGGCGAUGCAACUCAAAGCUAUGCGACAGAAGGGCGAUAAAGUGGAAGUUUCUCAUUACCGGGUUAAUGUAAACAAAUUGCAGGCAAGAUUAAACAUGUCCUGUGACACCGGCAAGAAACGAGGGCAGAUCAAAUUCGACGGAUGGCCAAAAGUAUUUUUUUUUCAUGCGUCUUUUUGUUAUCUCGAAAGACAUUAAUUUAAAAAAGACGGACAUACUUUGCACGAUGUGUGGACCAUUCUUGUAGCCUACAACAGUGGUCCACCUAUCGUGGUAGUUGGAUUCCAACUGCUAGGCCAUUUUGCAUUUCAAAAACGUUAUUCAAUGCAGACCUCGGCUUAUGGGAGAAUAAUAUAAUAUACUUGUAGGUAAGAAGUUGAGAAGAUAAAUGUAUAUUGUACGCAACGAUUAACCAUUUCUAACGAAAAACGAUUUUGAACGGUGUUCAGUUAAUAAUGUUGCUUUGUCAACAAUAUAUAUGGCAUAUUAUGCAUUAAGUAUUUUCUUUAAUAAUAUUUGUUUAAUAUUGUACCUAUUUUCCCGUUAUCCCAUUUAUUAUGAAAACAGCUGGAAAAAUCAAAAAAUUACAUCCUUAAGGUACCACCCCAGUAACAAUUUCUUUCAAAAAAUGUGCUACACUUAAAAAUCGGAGUAAGAUUUCUGGUAAAAAAGUUGCCCACAGAUCAAAAAAAAAAAAAAAAAUAAAAGAACAUCAUUGUAAAACCAAUACAUUCCUCGUUUCGUUCAAAAUAUAUAAAAAAAAAACAUAUCUCAUACAUACAAACAAGUAAUAAUAGUUUUCGUUUUAAACUAAUCGUUUGGACCGUACAGAGUAUAUAAAAUAUUAGGUAAUUUGUAUCACGAUCUAAUAAUUUUGGUUUUCACCUUUUGUUAUUUAUACAAUUUUUUUGUGUUCUGGUGAAUUACUUGUAAACAUGAUUUAAAACUAAUAAUUUAGUAAAUCAAAUUAAUAAAGAAUAACAAUAUUAAUUUGUAUUAAUAAAAAGAAAUGUUUUUAUGUUCGUUUGAUUUUCUAUGAAUCUAUUGCACAAAAAGGUCAGAGAAUUUACAUGCGUAAGUAGAUGAACGUGAUGUACCUUAAAGCUCACAAAACAUUUUUGAUAUUCUUAGUACGAAUUAAUUUUGUUAAUUAUGGAUUCGUGGAUCAUGGACUGUGGAGUGUCUUUGGUAACAUUGAUUAAAAAAAAAAAAAUUGUUAUAAGUUAAUUUGAUUGCCACUGACAAGAAAUUAGGUGCUUUUUGAAAAAUAAAUUAUCGAACAACAAUAGCUAACUAUGACGGGAAUGGACACAUGGGGUUUGGAAAUUCACGGAGAGAUAUGUUUAUAUUUAUUAAAAUAUAAAUAUAUUUGGAUACAACUUUACAACUGUACAGGGUAGAUUUAAAAUAACUGAAUAAAAAUACGUAUUACUUGUUUGUAUACAUUUCACAAUUAAUUGUUGUGAAAAAUAAUCAAAUGAAACCGUUAAAAAAUAUAAAGUACUCAUAUAGUAAAUACUACUACGUAAUAUAUAAUAUAUAAUAUGAUAAAUAAUUAAUAUUGAAAUAAUUAAUUUGACUAUAGAUUAAGUUAAGAAAAAAAUAUUAUAUCCUUAUAACCAGAAAUCCUAUUACCGAGUUUAGUAUUUAUUGGAUACGCGUAGAUUACUAUUGUCUAUUAUAAUAUAUUAAAGAGUGAUCAAUAUAAUGUAAGAUACUCAUUAUCACGGAAAGUAUUAACUUAUUUAGGGAUUUGUUUUUUAGGUAAUUUGAGAAAUAAUAAUAAACUUUAAAAUAUUAUAAUAUUCUUGAUUUUGUCACUCUUAUUUUAGAGGGUUUAACCAAUAACUACUUUUAAUUUUUAAAAUGGUACUAAUAUUAAAAACUCUAUGAAUAGAUAGAGUAUUAAGUGUCUUUCAUACAAGACAAAUAUUCGCUACGACUACGUAUCAGGAUCUUUAGUCUAAAAUCAUUAAUUCUCAAUUUUUUUAGGACCACGACCCAAAUUUUUUUCCAAAAGUCUAUCGCGACUAUCAUGAUUUCUCUUUUCAGAAAGAAGUUAUAAAAAAACAAAAUUUGUUUAUCACUCUUAUUAUUUAUUACUUUAUAAGUUUAUAAUUAUUAUAAUUUUACAAAUAAUGUACUUUUAAUAAUGAAGUAUAUGCGAAGUGUGUUUUUUUUUCUGCCAUGGUUUAUAAUAGCGCCGACGUCGACAUCAAUCUGAGUUAUUUUCAAACGCAAGGAGUUUGAUAAUUGUACCUUGUUUCGAUGUUUAUUUUUUAUGCUUAAUAUUACCAAAAAUCCAACUUCUUACAUGUAUGAAGAUGAGAAUAGGAGUAAUAUUUUUAGAGCUUUGGCUGAAAAUAUUGGAUAUGUUUGUUUAGAUGACAGUCAAAACUGAAUCAAAUUAUUGCGGCUAAAUUUAAUUUUUAAAAAUGAAUUUUUUGAUAAAUCAAUGAGGUUUUCAUUGGAUUUUGUUGAUAUUCAAUUCGAUAUAGUAUUCUGAAAUGGAUUAACAACCCAGUUAUUUCGUUAAUAUUUUUCUAUGUCUUCAAGAAAGUAAAAAUUAAAAUUAUCUUUCAACGAAAUUAAAUGUAAAUUGAUUUAGCAUUAGCUACUUUUAUAAAAUUUUAAAUUAUAAAAGUUUGAAAUGUUUCAAAAUGUUUUUUUUUUACCAUAAAGUAAAUUUUUUCAUAAAAUCUUUAACUUGAACGGAAAAUAUAUCGGGUCCUUGUGUUCCUUACAUAUAUAGAUUUAGUUCGUUAAGUUUCAAAAAUAUAUUAACUUAAUACGUGAACAUCAGAAUAAUUCUUCAUUUUGCAAAGAUUUUACCAAAUCAGUUUUUUCAUUUAAAAACAAUAAAACUUCUUCGUGGAGUUCCAUAAGUUAUGUUAAUAGUUUUCCUCUUGACCUGACGAUUCUGAACGGAGUUCAGUUAAUAGUGUUGCUUUGUCAACAAUAUAUAUUAUAUGUCAUAUUGUGGUUAAAUAAUUACAUACACAUUAUAUUAUAUUUUCUUUAAUAAUAUUUGUUUAAUAUUAUACCUAUUUUCCCGUUAUUCCUACGUUUUUUCCUAGUUUUUCCCAUAUGUUAUGAAAAUAGUUGAGGGAAUCAAACAAUUAUCUCUUAAGAUACCACCCCAGUUAAAUUUCUUUUCAGAAAAAGAGCUAUAAUUGAAAAUCAGAGCAAAAUUGCUAGUAUAAAAGUUGUUUUCAUAUAAAAUAAAAAAAAAAAUAAAAACUAAGAUCAUUGUAAAACCAAUAUAUUUCUUGUUCCGCUCAGAAUUUUUUUUGGAAUCUAUGUAAUUCAAAACUAUUUCUGCGACUCACCAAAAAUUGACUCGGGACUCACCAGUGACCAACAGUUUGAGAAACACUGGUCAAAAUAAAUUUUGGUGUUGAGAUUUUUAUUUCCGUCAUUUGAAUGUAUGUUUAUAAAAUCAUAAAUAUAUUUAUGUUUCAUAGGUUAAAUAUUUGCCAAUGAGACUAGGUAUCGUUUUCCCGAAAUUUCAGCCGAAUAAUCUGUAUUUUUAAGGGCGUCUACCAUUUUCCUUUUGAUUUAUAUUGAUACGUUUGAAAUAAAAAACACGAGGGCUGCUGCUUUUGAACUCAGGUACUAUAAAUUACUAAUACAUUUUUUUAAUGAACAACUUGAAAUUCUAUCAUCAGUAUCUUUAUAUUCAAUAAUGCUCUGAAUAAAUAAAAUAUUUUGAUACGGGGCUUCUGUAGCAAUAUGCGAACGAAACCAUCUUUUAUGUAAAUAAAAAUAAUAAGAAUACAUGUAUCACGACAUGCAGUUUCUUGUGUAAACGCCAUAUUGAAUUGUUUUCGAAAAAUGAAAAGGUAAAACAAUAAAUUGCCUUGGUCAUCCAUCGAGCAUGAUGACAAGCUCCUGAUACUCGAAAUGAUAUUCCUCGAAUUGAAGAUCCACCAAGAAAAAUUAUUGAAAGUUCUAAUAGCUCCCGAAUCUUUCCUAAACUGUUUUUCUUUUGACAUAUUUUGUGCAUAAUCAAAAAUUUGAUCAUUUACAUUAAUUAAUACUAAAUUUACAUGUGGAUUUUCUAUACCAGGAUUUAAUUUGUCAGUGUCAAUUAUAUUCCAAUUAUCUUAAAAAUAUUUGAAGAGUAAAAUAUUAUCACCAUCAUAAUCAUUAUAUAAAAAUAGAAUACGGAAAUUAUCAUGCUUUCUGUAUUUAUAACUAAUUAUAUAACAUUACAUCACGUUUUAUUUUAUUUUGUUUUCGGGGUGAUUUUUAUUAUUUUAUUUUAUGAUAAGUAUAAAAUAGUUGAUUGUAUGCAAUUUUUUCUCAUACCUUAUUUUGUAGGCAAUUAAAUUUUUUAAAUUACAUUUUUUUUAAAAAACGUUCUCUCUAAUUUUCAAACGUUUAUCAAAUUUACUUAAAUAACUGUAAAAACCACAUUUUCCGAACAAAAACGAAAUAAAUCAUGUUUUAUUUUUUUCCUUGAAUAAUAAUGAUUUUAUCAAAAAAUAUGUAAAACAUUAUUUAUAGGCAGCACAAAGACCUAUAAAAAAGUUAAUGAACAGUUUUACAAAUUUUAUCUUGUUGACGAUAAUGAAACUCAUAACGGCCAUAACCGAUAAUAAGUACAAUGGUCAUACUAAUUGGACCUUCCUAUCUUAUCCCUAUCUACCUAACACUAUGUGAAGUUCAAGCUGCAUCAGCUGUUAAGUAUAAAAGUUUAUAAUUUCAUAAUUUACCAUCAUGGUUACAUAAUUUAGCACUGGUUAUUUAAUCUUGGUAUACGAUCUUAUCAGUUAUGAUAACAAAAUAUUGUAAUUUAUGAUUGAUUAAUAUCAAUUAGAUAAACUAGAUUGCUAUAUUCCCUAUCAAGGUAUCUUGGUUACCAGUAUUAACGUUUAAUAAAAAAACGUUUGAUGCCACAUAUCCGUUAUAAGUAGAUCAUUGGUAUCUUAUUCUGCCAUCAUUUUGAUAACACAAUAUCAAGGAUAUAGUUGAUAUAAAUAAAAUUUAAAUCAUUUAACCAUAGAUAAUAUAAGAUAAUAUUAGAUAAUUUGAAAUUACAUUAUCUAAGCAUUUAACAGUCUUUAUUUGUAAAGGUAAAACAAAUAGCAAUGUUAAAUAUCAAAAAAAUAAUACUGUAACAUGUUGCAAAAUAAAAUAGUUUUAUUAAGCUUUUGUCUUAUGCUAGCCACCUUCGUUUUACGUUUUCUCUUUAAUUUCUGUGUCGGUGUACAAUCUUAAUCACCAAGUUGAAAAAUAAUAUUUAAGUUUACAAAAUGUCUUUUUAAACUAUUUAUUUAUUCAACUGGAACUAAUUGCAGAGUUCAUAUCAUUAAACACAAUCAUAAAUUAGUAAUCAUGAUUCAAAUAAAGAAAUAAGUUAUGAUUGUAAUUAAAUAAAUAUUUAAUGAACAUGGUAUUUUAAUAUUAGGUACUAUAUUAUAUUAAACACAUAUUAUGCAUUUUAAAACAAAAUUAUUUAACAAUUUGUAUGUGUUUAAAAAAUAAUUCAUAAAUAUUCAGAUACAUAUAACUAGGAUUUGGGACUUAAAAUUUUUUAUUUUGGCUUAAGAUAAAUUCUAUAAAAGUGCUAUUAAUAUUAAUGUCACGUUAUUAAAUUUAAAAAUGCUUAUUAUUUAUUUUUAUAGGGGAGACUGUUUUGAGAUUGAUAUUUUUUGAUUAUUUUAAUUUUUUAUAAAUGCUUAUAAUGAGGUUACAAAAUAUAGUAAGCUCACUUACUAAAUAUAUGUAUUCAUUGCAUUUAUAUAGUUUAGUGCUACAUAAAAACCAUAAGCUUAUACACUUCUAAAAGUAGUUAAAGGUCUAUUCAUACAUUUUAGAGCGAAGAAGCUUAUGGUUUUACAAAGAGGUUUAUUUUUAUAAUUUUUUUCCCUGUGGACAAUUUUUCUACCAGAGAACUUACUCCGUUUAAACGUAUAGCACCUUUUUUGAUAGGAAAUUGAUGUGGGGAGGUACUUAAAGCAUGUCAUUUUUUGAUUUUCUCCGAAGUUUUCUCAACAAAUGUGAAAACUCCACCAAAAAAAGGAAAAACGGGAUCCAUUUUAGUUUUGAAAUUGGAAUAAUUAGAAUUUUACCAUAAUAUAACAUAUAUAUUGUUGACAAAAUAGCACUAUCAACUGAAUUCCGCUCAGAAAUUUGUUUUCGUAAGUUAUGUUUGCCUACAGGUAUACAUUAAAUUAUCUAUAUCAGUGGCUGGACCGAUCUCGAUUAUUCUCGGACGCCUUUUUUUUUUUAGUUUCUAAAUGAAGCGAACAAUAUCUGUGAACAACAUAUCACCUAAAAAUCUUUCACCAAUUUUCAAGUGUAGCACCUUUUUGAAUUCAUUUUGGCUCCAAAUGGUGUUUUUGGGAGGGCAUUAACAUAAAAUAACGGGAAAAUAUUCAAGGUAUAGCGAUUUUAUGAUUUUAAAUUUUUGUAACAAAGUUAAUCUAACAAGUUUUGUUUAAAAAAUAUACUGUUAACCGAGCUCAGCUCAGAAUUGUUUUUCGUUUUCAAUGAUUAAUUGUUGUAUACAAAUAUAAACGAAUUCCUCUUUUUAUCCAACUUCUCAUCUUUAACAAAGGCCCACCCAUGAGUACUAUCUUACCUUUAUAUUUUUUUUAGUUCUAAAUUUGUAUGAUGUCCCUCCCAUUUAGGGUUUUAUUUUCAUUAAAAAUAAAUAAUUGAUAAUCAAUCUACACUGAAAAAAAAAUGUAGAUUUGAUAAAGUAUUUUGAUGACAUAAAUAAAUGACGGGAAUUAUAUAAUUAGGAUAGUUUUCAUUAGUGACAGACAAAUUAUCUAGAUCAGAUAGAUAUUAUAAUUUUUUUUAACAAUUACUUUAGGGAACUCAGUUCUGUCUUAUUAAUCUGUGGGUUAUGGGACCGAAGCUCCUUAUACAUAGUGCCUACUCGACUUACCAUUUAUAAUAAUGUAUUUUAACUAAUGAGCAAGUAUAGUAUUCUGGGAUAUAAUUUUUGUAUAAUGUAUAAUUUGAAUUUUAUACCAAAACUAUCUUGUGUGUAAAUUGACCAAAUAUGGGCAUUAAUUUAAUACUAAAUUAUCAAAGGUAAUGAACACAUUAGUUAUCAAUAAUUUGACUAGAGUAUGAACAAAUUUUCAUAGUGCAAAUGUUUGCAGUAAUUGAUUAAGGUCAUAACUAGUAAAAAAUAUUAACACUUGACAUGUCUACAACUCUAGAUAAUUAAUACAAAUUAAAUAAACAUAUAUACAUUAACUCUAGAUUACAUAACAUUUUUGGGACUUUAGAUUACAUAAUAUUUUUGGGACUAUGGAUGUACUAUAAUAUUGGUAUUGUGCAACUUUUAAAACAUAAUUUAUUUUUAUACUUAUUUUUUAAACUAGGUAGUUUUUUAAUUAAUAUUUUAUCAUUUAGAAUUUAUUUAACAUUGUAUAAAAAUAAUAUAUUCACAUUAAAAAAAUGUUAAAUUUACUAAUUUAGGUUAAUAAAAAAUCCAUAGUCCUACUUACGGAAAAUAGUAAAUCAUUAGCUUAACCUAAUUAUUUAAAUAUAAAAUUCAAUAUCAAUGUUAUCAUCCUUAAAUUUUACAAACGUAGAAGUAGUUAGACAAGUCUACUACUAAGACGUUAGACACUUUUUUCUUUAUUUUAAAGCAAUUAAAAUAAAAACAUCAAAUUAUUUAUGAUUGAUUUAUUUUAUAAAAAACAAAUAUAUUUAAACAUAAUUAAUCCAUUCUGCAGUCUAUUUAAAAAUUAAAAUUUAAUACGGAAAUAUAUUUCAUUCCAUAUUAACUUAAAAAGUUAUCAGGUUAUCAACGUACUACGUGAUUGUAUAUAAACAAAAAUAAUAAUUUGUGUUUGUUCAUCUAAUCUAGUUACAGAUAUUUUAAUUAUAUUGAUAGUAAUACAACUAACUGCAAUUCAAAUUUAAAAGAAAACAAAGUUAAUUAUCUAAAAAAUUAUGAUAAACAUUAAGUUAUUUAUAAUAUUGAAUAUAUAUAAAAAUAAAUAAAUUAAUGCGUCGCCUGAAGUAUGAAAUGUGUAUUGUACAACCGGUUUUGAAUUUAAAAUUCUUCGUCUGGUAAAAUCACAAAAAUAAAAAAUGAAACGCGACUCAUUUAUUUAUUUAUUUAUUUAUUUAUUUAUACAUUUAUUUAAAAUUAUUAACCAUUUAAUAAUUAUUUUUAACUUUUGUAUUUUAUUAUCUAUAAUAAUGAAUUAUUUCAUAAAAUUAAAUAUUUGUACUUUCAUAAUUAAUUACUAUGUUUGUUUAAAAAUUAAAAUAAGAUAUAGAAAUAUAUUUCAUUCCAUAUUAUUAAUUUAUAGAGUCAGAUAGGUUCCUAUAGCAAACAGUAUGAAUUUACAUCAGUUUACUAUUAUUUUUUGAUUAAUUCUACUAAUUCUACUAAUUUCCACUAAAAUUUAUGUUGAAAUGUAUGACCCGUGGUUAUUAUUUAUCAAUAAUAUGUAUCAUUUAAUAAACAAAAUUUUUUAAUUGCUUAAUUUUAGAUUAAACUUACUUGUCAAUAUAUUAUUCAAAUAAAGUUGUUUGUAUUGAAGUAAUUGGUUUAAUAGCUGUAACAAUUAUGCACCAGACUAUAAUAUUGUCACUUUUAUAACUCAUUAAUAAUUUGAAUACAAAUAUAUUUUUGAAUAAUCUAUUUUUAGAAUACGAGUACAAUGACUGUUAAUGGGAUAAUUUUGUAUUUAAUAAAAUAUAUAGAAUUUAGAAUUUAUUUAAAAUAUAUUCUGUGGUUAUACGUUUACAUUUUAUUGAAUAAUGAAUAGUAAUUAAUAUUUGAUAAUGAUAAAUUUACAUUUAAGAUUAAACACAUGUUUUCAGAAACAUUUUACCGUUCAAGUUAAUUCUCGUUUAUCUACAAACAUAAUUAGUAAAACAAUCACUUAUAUACGUAUGUGAAAACCAGAUAGCUGACUCCAUAUACAACUUAUUAUGAUGCCCAGCGCCAUUUUUUACUUGGACGAAUUCUUUGGUAACCAAACAAUAUUGUAAUAUUGUAUGUUUACAUAAUUUAUGGUUACUAAAUUUAUCUGUGAUUAGGACAGCAUAAAAAUGAUAAGAAUUUGUAAACAUAAUUGUAUACAUUGUUGUAUAUGGAGUCGGCUAUCUAGGGUUUAUAUAUAUAUAUCUUUGGAUACAACUGGUAUAGUUAUUGAAUAUGAUAAUUAACAAUGUUUUGUUAUCAUGAAUAUGGCUCGAAUAUGACUCAAAUAUAGUUCGGUUAUCUGUGAUCCAUGGACAUCUGCUGAUAGGUACACAUUGGAACAUGUCCAGCAAAAAUGUUUAUUUUUUUGCAAGCUAUAAGUUAAAUGUCACCAGCCCUCUCCACGAUUAUAAUCCUGUCCUCCUUAAACUCAACCUUGUAUCCUUAGUCGAUCGUAGAUAUGAUCUUAACAUUGUAUUCCUCCAAUGACUUUUAUCUGGUUCUGUCAAUUCUCCCACCCUCCUUUCUCUUAUUUACUUUAAAAUAUCAGCCCGAAGCAUUUGCAACACAAACUUAUUUUUUAUCCCUUUUUAUACCACUAACUAUUUUAGUAAUGAACCUAUAAGUCACAUUAUGAAACUCGCCAGUUACGAUCCCUUUUUUUUUUUUGAUUUCAUUUUAUGUUUAAAAUCUAUUUAAUUUGCCUUAAUAUUUGUAUUUUUUCUUACGUUUUUAUUAUAUUGUACUCAUGCAUACUUAUAUUUUACUAACAUAAUACUAAUAUACAUUAUUCUUACAACAUUUUGCUGCUAUACCAUUGUUGGGCACAAGGUUGUAUGCAUAUUAUGAAUAAAUAAAUAAAUUAUAAGACCGUAUACCAAGAUUCAGUAACCAGUGCUACAUAAUGUAACCAUGAUUACAAAUUGUAAAAUAUUAUUUGUAUACUCUAUAGCUGAUACAGCUAAACGCUCAAACAGUGUUAGGUGGGGGGGGGGAGAGAUGAUUGGGUAGGAAGGUCCAAUUAGUAUGACUAUUUUACUUAUUAUCAGUUAUGGCCGUUAUGGGUUAUACUAUCGUCAACAAGAUAAAAUUUGGUUUUGACUACUGGUUUUUACUGAUGGGUUUAAUAAAUUGCCCAGUGGCAGUAAAUUUAACGAAUAUUUAAACGUUAAUAAGUCGCAAAUAAUUUAUUCAAAUUGAUUAGUAUAAACGUUAAAAUAAUCUUUUUCAAUAUAUUUAUAGAUUUUCGUUAUCGAAAAUAAGUGUUACCAUUUGAAAAUGUAUAGGUCAUAGUGUUUUAUUAAAUAAGGGAGGCAGUUAACAUUUUCAAAAUUAUAUCACAUUGUAGAACAGGAGAAACUAAAAUGUUUAAAAAAAAAUUAUAGUAAAAUUCAUAAUACUUACAGAGAUAUUGGCUGGUUAAAAAAAUUAACCUGUAUAAAAAAAAAAAAGCUAUCGUAGGUUAAUGAGGACGAGUGCAGCUACUGUUAUUGGAAAGGUAGGAUAUAGAGGAAGAAAUUAAUUUAUAUUUUGUAAGUAAUGAUAAAUAUAAACUAUUGUUUACUAAAAACGAUUCUGAGCAUAGUUCAGUUGAUAAUGAUGCUUUGUCAAUAAUAUGUAUGGCAUAAUAUUUUACUAAUAUUUUCAUACAUUUUACCGUUUUUCUCAGUUUUUUAGUUUUUCACAUUUGAUGAGGAAACUCUUGAGAAAGUUAAUGAUCUCUCUAAUGUACCACCCCAAGAAAAUUCAUUUUCAGAAAAGGGGUUACAUCGUAUACAUUGGAGUACACUUCCUGGUAGAAAAAGUGUUAACAUAAAAAAGAACAUUAAAAAAAAAAAAAAAAAUAUCUUUGUAAAACCAAUACAUCCUUCGCUAAACCCAAAAUCUAAAAAAAUGUAUCGAAUUGAAAAAGGUUAUUUUUUAAAAUUACAGGUGAAAGUCAUAUUGGCUCCGGUGGGAAACAUUAAAAGCAACACGUUGGACGAAGUGCAACUCCAAGACGUAAUCAUAGACAUUGUGACUGGCGCGAUAAGAUCGACCGACCUCGAUGUUGAUUUGUACCGAUGGAUGGAGUUCCCGACGUUCGUGAAAAUUCAACAGCCAAUCAUCACUUCACCUUUGGAUUCGUACACUGAUCGAAUGGUAUAUUUCAGGUUUCGAUUAUAGUUUAUCGUAAAUUAUUGGUAUUCUAUAAUUCCGAUAGAUAUAUCAGUCAUUAAAUUUCAUGUUCCAAUUCCAUUCAAAAAGUUUUACCAUCAAAGCAGUUGUAAUUCGAAUUUGGAGUUUUCACUUUUUUAGGGUUGUGUUUAUUUUCGAAUUUUUUUUUUGUUAAAAUGUGUAUUAUAUUUUAUGAUAUACGAUACGACCAUAAGACAUAAGGACGUUAUUAUAAUAUAGUAUGAUGAGUUUGUUGGCUGAAGAACCUUUUCAUGUCAUUUAUAAUAAGCCAACGAUAUUUUAAAAGCAACACGUGUCUAAUAAUACCUGUGCCAGAUAUUUCGGCACCAAUGUUAAUUAGUGCCAAUAUACUUGAUUAUAUUGAAAAAAAAAAUUGGAUAAUAUACAAAAUAGACCCAAAUAAUAUUUUUGAAUGUUUUUAUAAAGCUGUGUAUAUUUUGUAUGUAUGUAAUAAUGCUACGCGCAAACUGGAAUACUGAAAGCUGUAUCAUUAAAAUAUACAAUUUUAAUUGAAAUUGGCUAAUUCGAUAAUACGUAGUAUAGGUACAAUUGAAAUAAUUUAUUAUUGGAGUUAUUAUUAUAGAUGCUAUAAACCAUAAUAAUUAAUAAAUAAUUAUUGAAACUAAUCGAUUUCAUUUGUACGCAAAAUUGUAUAUAGUAGGACAAUGAUAUAAUUUAUUUUAGCCUUACAGUGCCUUACCUACUGGUAAUAAUAUAGUAAAUAUAAAUGAAAUAAAAAUUAUAAAAACAUCAAUUCGAUAUUUAAAAUCCUAAAAGAGUAAUAUUAUACUUGUAAUAAAUUAUGAUAUUAAUUAAAAUAUAAUAAUAAAAAUAUAUUUACGAUAAAUUGUGUUACAAUCAGCAAAUUUAUUUUGUGCGUCAGUCAUAAAUAGUAGAUAGCAAAUUGCAAUGUAUUGAUAAUAUUGAUGCGUAGACAAUUUUAUUGCAAGUCCCAAAAUAGAUUUAAAAUGGCUGUUUAGUCGUUUUCUAAUGUUGAUCACUCUGAAUUUAAAUUUAAAACAAUAUAUUCUAAAUAACAGUAAAAAUGACAAAAUACUAAUAAAUAACUUAUGAACUUGUUGACAUUGGAGAAUGUUUCCUUUUUUAGGUUUCGGAAUUUAACGAUAUUCGUAAUAACACACACACACACACACACACACCGCAAAAUAUUAUAAGAUUGACAUUUUUAAUUGCCGUUUUAAUAAUGAUAAAAAAAAUGUGACGGUGAUGAGUUUCUACUUUAGAAUAUUCUAAAAACGUUGUACUGGUUAAACUUUCUGUAGGUAUAAAAACAUGAUUAAUAGCUUGUUAAGGCCUUUUCAACGAAAAUCUACCACGUUAGUAUUAAAUUAAGGAUAGUUUAUAAAAAAUAAAAAUAAAAAGUAUAUCAAAAUAUUAUACAUUCAUUAUAUAGAUUAAUCUGAAGACCGAAUCAGCAGUCAAGCAAGGAGAAAAAAGAUUAAUGGUUAAAGUAAUAAAAGCAGUUGGAUUGGGACUUAAACAAGGUUAGGUUAAAUGCCGUUUAGUUUUUAAAUUAACAUUAGAUCAAAGGUUUAUUUUAUGCUAUCGGUAAUAGGAUGUUUUGAACCGUAUUGCGUUAUCGAAGUUGAUGAUCCGUUCCAAAAGAAGCAAACUUCAACUAAGAAGAAUACUUCGUCACCACAAUGGAACGAGAACUUUAUUUUGUAAGUAAAUUAAUAUCCGCCAAAUAAUAAUGUACUUAUUGAAAUGUGAAUUUCGUAUUCUAAUUUUUGUUUUAAAUAUCUCUUUGGCUAUUUUUAUAGCACGUUGAAUCUGAUGACCGAAGAAAUAUUGUUUGAAGUUUAUGAUUGCGAUCCGAACGGUGGUAACCACUUCAUGGGCUUGGCUAUUGUCAGCGUUGAAGAACUGCUCGUGAACCCUUAUCAAAGACAAGUCCUAUCCCUUCAGACGCGACCUUAUCAAGACGAUUCAGUUUCCGGUACGCUCACAUUAGAAGUGAGUGUAUAUUAUAGAUUUUGAAUAAUUUGUCAACGGAUUUCCGAUUGAAAAUUUGAAAAUUUACGACGAAAUAGUGUCACUUUUAAUAAAACAUCGACUGUUUUUGGGUAUUUAUGGUAUCAAAAAAAUAAGGGCUUAUGUUAAUUUUUAUCUAUAAAUUUCGUCAUUUUUUGUUGUAAUUUUGAAAAUCGGAACUAUAGAUAUAUUAUGGGAGUUAAGUGAGACGAGAUUUGAUUUUCUAUCUCACCGGUUGUAUAAUAUUGCUGUUCGAGUGUUAAACAUACCUAAUAUAAUUAAGUUGUGUUCAAAAAACGAAAAAAAAAAACUCAAACAAAUAAAUAACGAUAAGUAGGUACCAUACUUAUUUAAAUAAUAAACUACAACAAUAUACUGUAAUAUAAUCUAGUUCUUUUGUAUAAUAAAACAGAUAUAAUUUCCGUAAAUGUAUAAAAUUAUAGUACAUAUAUUUAUAUGUCUCGAGCAAGCAUAUUAUAACCAAGAGAUUUCGAAGGCAAUGUAUAAAGCAGAAUUGCCCGUGCGACAUCAAUUCCCCAGGAAUUCAAAACAAUAGAGCUUUUAUGUAACAAGACGUUUAAUGCCAUUAUUUUAUGGUGGGUACUGUCUUGCAGUCUUUACUUUUUAUAGUCCAAUUUGUAUUUGGUUAUUAUUCGUCGUGUUUAACUUUUACUUUAAAAUACAUUGCGUAUUAUACAGAGUGAUUCUGAAAUGAACGACACAAGUUAAGAAAUGUGUAGAUACUCAGUGGCGUGUCUGGAUGAUAAUAUUUUUGGAUUUUCAUGAAAAUUUUUUUUGGUAAACAUUUUCAAAAAGUUAAAAAUUAUGAAAAUUGAAUAACUUCUUAUCAAAUCAAUCCCUUAAUGUUAUAUAGUUAUACCUAGCAUAUUUAGAUUUCAUAAUUAUAUUUAAAGCUACGUAUUUGUAUUACCAUUUGGCAUUUACCCAUUAUAGUAUUAUUCUAUUGAACAUAAUAUAGUAAAUUUAAAAUAUAAAUAGAUUUAUCUCCAUAAUAAAUACGCAUUUUCAUCUAUUAUUAAAAAUGUUGUACUAUUACUUCCGAGUAAAUAUUGAGUCUUUGAGUGUGUAAACAUUUUUCAACAAUUGUUGAUGUUUCCAUUUUUUGUUAAUUAUUGUUUGUCAUUACCACAAUUUUACACCAACUAUUUUUUUGAAUACAUAGUUAUUACUGAAUAUUGUAUCUAAUUAUAACGCAAGACCACAAGUCUCAAAUAUUUAACUAUAUUAUAACUGAUAAAUAUGAUUUAUUUAACAUGUAGGUGCUUGUAUAUUUUAAUUUUAGUUUAUAUUCACAGUCGUUUAGUCACUGUGAAAUGUAAAAAGACAUCCUAGGGGAUGGAUGCAGCCACUGUUAUAGGUAAUUUAAUGUAUACUUGUAGGCAACGAUAAACCAUUGCUUACGAAAAAAUGAUUCGGAGCGGAGUUCAGUUGAUGUGAUGCUUUAUCAACAAUAUAUAUAUCAUAUUUUAGUUAAAUAAUUAAAUAGGCUUUAUAUAUUUUCUUUAACAAUAUUUGUUCAAUGUUGUACUGAUUUUCCCAAUUUUUUUACUUUUUCUCUAAUGUUUUUUCCCGAUUUUUCAAAUUUGAUGAGAAAACUCCCGAGAAAAUCGAAAAAUGACCUGUCUAAAGUACCUCGCCAGUCAGAUUUUUUUUAGAAACAUUGUAACCAUUAUAAAUUAGAUCGAAAUUGCUGGUAGAAAAGUUUCGCUAAAAAAAAAAAUAAAUAACUUUGUAAAACCAUAAGCUUCUUCACUCCACUCAGAAUAUAAUAUCAUUAAAAGUCAAAAGAGUUAUAUACUUAUGACAGUACCUACAUAAUCAUUGUUAUUAUGUACUUAUUAUCAUUUAUAUUAGAUUCAAGCAUUGAUACUGAAUAUAAACAACGGUGAUGCAGCGAUACCAAUUAAACAACUUUAAAAAUUAAUUACGUUAAGAAAAUCCUUUAAAACUAAAAUUUUUAAAGAAAAUUGAAAAUUUUAAUCAAAAAAAAAAAUUUUUAGAUAAUAGAUAAUAGAUUUUUCCAUUAUAAAAUCAAAAAAUUAUCUUCUAGAUUCAAAAUGAAAAAUAAAAGAUCUCUUGGCAUUUUUUGUUAUAUUUUUCUGUUAAAAAAAUUUUUCUGUGGAUACAAAAAAAAAAAAAAACACAAACCACCCAUAGUCAAACUAAUACAUUCUCUGGUCAGAAUCUAAAAUAGAAUUUAAUUAAAACUUAUAGCUAUUUCUCUUAAUAAAUAUUUUAUUAAUUAAUUUAAUUAUUUUAUUAGAAUGUAAGUUUUUUUUAUUAUUAUUACUCACUAGUUUAUAACUAUGAUUGCUCAACAAUUAAAUUUUACAAUGAUAAUAAAAUUAAAUAAUAAGUAAAACAAGUAAUACAAAGGUUCUCAAACUUUUCAGGCCAGGCCCCCUCACUUUGGUCAACUCUAUACGUGAGUCCCCCUCAUAAAAAUAAUUUUAAUAGUCAUGUUUAGAGUACUAAAAAGUUAAAAACAAACAACAAAUAUAGGCUAAUAUUGAUAUACACAUUAUAAAUUUAUUUUAAAAUAAAAUUUAUUUAUUAUAAAAGAUUUUAAUCAAUAGGCUACUUUUAAUGUGAUGGGUGGGCUUGUUUUUUUUUCAUCAAACACGAGGUUGGUGAAACGAAGAGAGAUAUUUGAUAAAGCUACCCUCAAUUCUUUGCUGACUUCUAGUCUUCCACGGUACUUCGACUUCAUUGAUGCUAGGGUAGAAAAUCCUGUUUCACAUAAAUACGUAGUUGAAAAUGGAACUAGUAUUCUCAUGGUUUUUUCAAACAAUAUUGGGCACUUUUCUUUUACACUUAUCCAUAAUCUUGUUAAUGAAUUGUUUUGUUCAAAUGUAGCUUUCGAAAAAUCACUGCAUUAAAGAUCAAUGAGCUGUUAUUUUUCUGCCAAACUCAAUGAACUACUAUUCAGCGGUUGAAAUGGUUGUCUUAUCCAAAGAUAUAGUUGUAGGUCUUCAUAAAAGUAUUCUUUACAUUUUUCUUUUAAAGUUGACAGACGAUUUACAAAAAAUGUUGUUAGUUCUUGAAAUUUCACAAAUCUUUUCCUUUGUCCUACCAAUACAAUGUUGAUUUUUAAAAUUUUCUCGUGCCCCUCCUAUAAAGCUUUCGCGGCCCCCCGGAGGGUCGCGCUUCACACUUUCAGAACCUCUGAAGUAAUACAUUAAUACAAUUAGUACAAAUUUGUCUAUAAAAUGAAGCCGGCCUCUAAAAUAAAAUUAAUCAAAAGUUUGAUAGCAGGUACAAAUUUAGUCUGUAAAAUAGAGAAAAGGUUGAGUGGGAUAUUUAGUAUUUUAAGAGCAUAAAAUAGUGUAAGUCGUUUGGCCUGUAGGACAGGGAAAUUGAAUAAAAUAGGGGGUCACAGAUACAUUCAUAAGAGUGAAGAGUACAACACGGGGAGUCAUUUAAGUCUAGCUUAAAUUAAUGACUAGGUAAUAAAUUAUGUCCCAUUCGUAGACGAUUAAAUUGGACAAUAUCUGAUCCUUGUAAAUUUAAGUUAUUAAACCAGGCUUUAUUGAAGAUAUUGGAAGAAAUAUAUCUAUAUCUCGAUAUGUUAUUCCAGUGAGAAGACCAUAGGUUAUAAAUGUAAUGUUUCAAAAAAAGAAUUAAGUCAGAAGUGUAAGUUAUUUUACUAAUUUGUGUAUAAAAAAUAUAUAGGAUCUACGUAUGUUUUAGGUAUUUGUUUUCGGUCAAGAAUUAGGUAUUUUUAUAACGUGAACAUCAUAUUAUCAUACUAUCAUGUAUAUAACAAGACGGAUUUAUUGUGACCUAUAGGAUAAUAUAUGCACGAGUCUCGUGUAUGGUAAUUUUUAAUUUGAUCGGUGUAAACAUAUAUGUGAUGAAGUUUUAAGAUGAGGACAUAUUCUUACUUGGUAUUGGUAUGUCUUUACCAUAAUAAACCAUAGUAUUUGAUAAUGUUGCAAUAUUAUCAAAUAAUAUUUUACGAAAAUUAUAAAAAGUCGGACUGGAUGUACGCAUUAACAAGAUUCGGAAACUCGAUGAAAACAGCAAUAAAUCACAUAUCCCGUUUAAAAUAAUACGAUUAUAUGUUGCUUGUUUUAAUAUAGUUAUAUUUUGAAAUCAAUACGCUCAAAAAAAAGAAAGUGUUCAAAUAUAUUAAAUAUUUUUUCAACAGAUAUAGAAUAUCUUAUCUUAACAAUAUGUUUAAUAAUUAUAAUAGUCAAAUAACAUUAUCGAUCAAUGUUUAAGCACCCACAAAAAAAACUUAAUAAAUGAUAUGGGUGUUUACAGUGAAAUUCCGAUUACAUGCACUUAUAAUUUUCUCGGUGAAAUUUUGAAGCCGAUGUGUUAGGUAUCUAGAUUUCAAAAACAUGACGGAAUACUAAUUUGUCAAAGUAGAUUUAAAAGCACCUAGUUGAAUUUAAUGUAGUUAGCCUGUUAAAAAUAUUGAUUCACGACAUCGCUUUUAUGUUAUUUUACUAUACAGGUAUUAUUAUAUAAUUAUAUAUAAUAAAGAAAUGGAUAUGGGCCUAUGGUUUUAUAAAGAUGUUAAUUUUUUUUUUUUAUGCAUAACUUUUCAACCAGCAAUUUCGCUCCAACUUAUAAUGAUAGCAAUGUUUCUAAAAGGAAAUUUCCUUAUAUAUUAUUGUGUGCCGAUAAUUGCUGGGGUCCGUAAUCGGUAAUUAAACGCGUUCCUAUAAAUAUUAUAAUACUAUUGUUAUUAUUAUUAUUUAUUUUAUAUACGCUAACUGCGACGAAUUAAUUUGAACACAUUGUAGGCUGCACCGAAGUGUAAAGAAAACUGUGUACGCGCAGAAAUCAAAAUAAUAUAUGUAAAAAUCCCGGCCCUCGGAAGUUUGAAUAAAACAUUCGGUGUAUUCUGCGGCUUACUGUUAGCAUCUUGACUGCUGUAUACCUAAAGCCGGAGAAAACACGCACGCGCAUAUAAACACACACACACACAUACGAUAUGAAAUUCGUUUGUUAUACACAAUAUUAUGGUUUUACCCCCUGUCAAAUUGAACUGUCGCACUCGUUUUCUCGGAAAAUUUAUAAAACGUUAUUUGUAUACACCCGUGUGUUACAGUUCAUUUUCCUUGAAGAAGAAGAACAACAGCAACAACAAUGGCAUAACGCUAUUACGACAAAGGGCACGCCGCGAGACGUUUCAAACGCGAUGCGUUCGACGUACAACGAUCAUUAUGCGCAAGGUAAAUAUACCUCAUACUGCCAAAUAACAUUAAAUCAGAAAGUCAUUUUUCAAAUUUUAAUCUGUACAUUUUAUAUAACAUUAUAUGUCUUGAGUGAAUAUUGCUUUUUGACAUUAAAAUCAUAAUAUUUUCAAUUCCACGCAGAUACGAAAAUAAUAAUAUUUUUCUAAAAAUUGUAUUAUGCUCAACACUAAUAUCUGGUAUACUACCUAUGAGUUUUAACAGUUUAAAAUUCAGAUCGGGAAAGGUAAUAAACGGUAAAUUUAAUAUCAGUGUUUUGUUUAUAUAUAAUGACCGUAAAAUACCAUAAUCAAUUUUACGAAACAUUUUCGUAGACAUUAACCGGAUCGCAAAAAAAAAAAAAAAAAUCAGCCGGUAUAUUAUUAUUGUUAUUAUACACUGACUUCAGUUUUAUUUUUUCGGCAGAAACAUUCGGCAGCGCUGAACACCAGCCGCGUAAAAAUGCGCAAGAUGACAGCAAAAACAAACACAUUUCGUACAAUAUAAACACGGUGUUCAAUAAUAAAGACUACUUGGUACGAAUUUUUGUUUGCGCUUUUUUCUAUAAUGUAACGACAAAACAUAAAAUUAAACUUUUAUAUUUUGUGUAUUUUUACGAAUAGCAAAUGCCGUCAGAUCACAAAAACCCAGUACAAGACGGUGCAGGUACUGCGAGAGGAGGUUACUAUAAUAAUCCACAACAACAGCGUGAAUCCGAAACUGGAAUAAGCGUUGACAGACAUUACGAUAUUGGUUACAAUAAUGGAAUACAAGACGGUAAAAUAUUGAUCGAUUUGUAUAAUUUUUAGAUGACAACAUAUUGAAUAUAACCCCGUUGGCGUUUGGAAAUUCUUUGUAUACUCACCUCAUUAUCGAAAGUACAAUCUUAUUUUACUUUUUUAUUUUAAAUUUGUUGACUUCCUAUUAACAUUUCCAAAAACUGUGAUAAUGUUAAAUUUAAAAUAUUGUCUUUUACUAAUUUUAAAACAGGUAUUUUAUCUUUAAAAUCCAUUUAAAGGCUAUUCCGUUCGCAUCGAGUGAAUGCAUUAUUGUAAACAUCGAUUUUCGAAGUUAUAAUGACACGAAAUAAAUACACACCCUGCACUUUCUUUGCCACUGUCGAAAAAUCAAAGUAAAGAAUAUCAUUUUUUUUUUUUUUGUAAUAAUUGAUGAGGUUUCUAUCAAUAUUGUAAUGAAAUUUCCAUAUGAAAAUCAAUACUUUGAAUAGCCUUGAGUGUUUAAUGUAUGAAAUGUCGAUUAAUAUUGUCAAAGUUUAUGUAUUAAUUGACCUUGGUUUUAUUAAUUAUUUAUUCAUAAAAAUACAAUGUAUAGGAUACUAAAUAAUUUCAAACAUUGAUUUGGUUUUUCGUCUUGUUCGAGUUUGUAUAUACUUCAGCAGUUUAGCGUUUUAGUGAAAGUAUGCAAUUCAUUGUUUUCAAGUGAAAUUCUAUUCUGUGCGAGAAAACGUGAAACUUUUCAAACAGAACCUUUUUUAAAAAAAAAAGAAAAAAAAAUUCGCAGUAUAUUAAUGAAAUAUAUUUAUAAACACUCCCUGCUUCCGAAACCAAUUCGGAGGCACAUGACGAUGGUUAACGAAUUCGGAAUAAAGCCAAAAAAGUAACACACUGCUGUUUGAAAACCUGCCAAUCGAAACACUUUGGUACAUUACGAAAAAAUAAAAGUCAGAAAUAAUAGUCGUAUACUAGGUGUAAUAGUUGUUUAUUUUUUAUAAAAACUGUCUACCGUGUAAUCGUAAACCUUAAAAGUUGUUCAAUAAUUAUAUAUGUCUGAUAUAAUUUUGUAAACAAUACAAUUUUAUCCAUUGUACAAGAUUUACGUAUCUACUGAUAAAUUAUAGGAAAUUAUAAAAAUAGAUUUUUAAAUGUAAAUUUUUAAAUUGGUGGUCAUUUAAAUAAUUUUUUUUAAAAUAUGUAUUUAUGUACAUUUUGGAAUUUAUUUUACCAAUUUUUGAUAAAAAUAAUAACGUAUGAAAUGGUUGUCAAGGGAGAUUUGUGUACACUUUAUCUGUAUGAAUUUAGUCCCGCAAAUACAAGAAUAUGGAACAACAUAGUAUUUUAUAAUCUAACUGUAAGAUUCUGUAAUAAAACUGUAUUUUAUUAGGUGAAGUAAGGAAAUUGCCUAAAAUAGGUUAGGAUGCGCCUAAACCGCAUCUCUUUAAUAUUAUAUUUGAAUUGCACACUAUUUUUGUUUAAAUUGGUCAACGAUGAACUGUUAAAAUAGAAUAGAAAUAUUGAUUUAAAAAAAAUAACUCAAGUUAGAUUUUAAAAUUAUAAUGGGUCGAACUUGCUCCGCUCCACCAUUAUAAUAUCUUAUAGACGUCCUGCGCGAUUUUUGACCAAACUUUUAUAUAUGUAAGUGUAUAACCCAUAAUACAUUUACAUGAGAAGCAUUUUACAUGUUUACAAUUGUGCAACCAGACGCAAAUGUAAAAUUUCGAGUACCUAAAUAUAUUCGUUAGGGCCCAAGUGGUGCACACUGCAUUAAAUAUUAUUUGGCUCAACUGAAAUUUUGGAUCACUCGUGACGGAUUUUUUACAGUUAUUUGCAUACAUAUUGAAUGUUGUUUUUUCUUUUUUUUACGCUUUAUUUGUUAUUCGCCAAGGGCACUUAAUUAUAUUGGGUCGAUAUACAAAAAUAUCUUAAAUAAUGUUUUGGAAAAUCGCAGUGGUUAUGUUUUAUUUUUAUGUUCACCAUAUUAUAUAAUGCAUAAACGAAGUUUGCGGCGCGCGGCAUUUAUCGUUUAUUCAAACCAACAACAAACGAACCAACAAACGGAAAAUAUAAUAUUGUUAAAACUAACCGUACAGAAUUUCUAUUCUAAGUAUUAUUUUUAUAUGUUCGUACAAAAGCGGUCGUUGGAUUUUUGAAAUAUUAUGUCUGCCGAAAUUGGUUCAUUAUAUUAGUCGGGUAGAUCGCAUUAUUUCGGGAUAUAGAAUAUUAAUGAUUUAUCUUAAACCCUUGCACGCGACUACGGCAUACCAUUAUUUAUAGGUAGGUAGGUAGAUAAAUAUAUAAUAAUAACAUUUUUCGCGUUUUUUUAUUUCAAUAUUCACAACAGCCCCUAAGUAUAAUGAUGGUUAAAAAAACAAAAUACCGAAAAAAAAAAAAAAAAACAAACAUAUUUAUCAUUAAUAAUAAAUAUAAUUAUGAUCGGGGCCAACACGUGAAUCGAGAUCCAAAUAAAAUUAUUUGAAUUAAUAAUAUAUUUAUGUUCGAUAUUUUGCCAUCGCUGUUUAUUAUUAUCUAAAUAUAAUACAUAAUGUAACAGUAUUAUUAAAUAAAUUGUGUUUCGUAAUUUUUAAAAAAAUAACCGUUCGGUAAUAUAUUAUUCACACGCACGGAGUAUAGAAACAGUUAUGGUGUAGACAAUGAUGGGUUUUCGUUUUAAAUUUCAUAUCAAAAUUAUCUAUGAUGGCAAUCAGAAUUGACCGGAAGCUACAAAAACAGAUAUUGAAAAACCACAAUAUUCGUUGAUUUGUUUAUUUAUUUUAAUUAAUAAAAUAUUAAUGUAAAUUAUAAUAUCUCAACAAUUAGACUAACAACCAGUGGUGCAACUAGGAUUUUUUUUGGAGGGGGUUUUAUGAAUUUGAAAAAAAAAAUCAAUUUCGGAUGAUGUUUGGUGGGCUGGAAGGGGUAAGGUUUAAUUAGAUUUAUGAGUAAAAUCUUUAAAUUGUGUAACUUUUAUUUAUAGACAACACACGUUGUAAAACAAUUUAGACUCAUAUUAAUUAUGUAUUUAAAUAAACUUUAUUCAUAAGUACAUGGUGAGCCAUUUAAACCUUCCGCAUGUUUUUUUUGGUAAUAAUUUAAAAAAAAAAAAUUAUUAAUUUCGUUUAUUUUAGACAUGGAAAUUUGUUCUAAAUAAUUUUUAAAAAUAAUAUCACGUAAAUGAUCGCCUUAAGAGCGAAUUAUGUAAUAUGCUCGUUUUUUUUUUUGGUAUUACCAUCACUUUUCGAAGUGUUUCCAGCUAAAUAACGGUCAUUUAUUGUCAUAUAUUAUCUUUUAACGCUUCUAGCGUCCUUCUAGCGGCUUCUCAAUUUAAAUUCCAAACUUAAAAAAGUCCCAUAGAAAAAAGUCUGGAGGUAUUAAGUUGAGUAAUCGUGAAAGCCAGUCGAAAUCACCAUUUUUCGAAAUUAAAUGUCCGAAGAAGAAAAAACGCAAUAAAGCAAUGUUAGUUCAAUUUGUAUGAGCUAUGGUGCCAUCUUGUUGAAACAAAUAGUCGUUCAUGCCGUUAUCAGUCAGAAACGGAAUAAAAAUAUCCGUUAUCAUGGUCCGAUAACGCUCUCCAUCGAUGGAUACGGAUGCUCCAGCAUCUUCUUCAAAAAAGAACGGUCCAAUGAUUGUUUUCGCAAAAUUUCCGGCUAAAAAAGAUACGCGUUGAUUGUUAAGAGGUUGUUCGUGGAUUAAUUGAAGAUUUUCACUGGCGUAGAACCAACACUUUUGUUCAUUUAUGGCCCCAUUCAACCUUAAACACUUCGAAAAGUGAUGGGAAAUUGGAACGCAGGGGGACGGAGUACCUCAACUAGUUUUUCAGAAAUAUAAGCAUACCUUUUUACUAUUUGUUUAAAGAGGAACGGAUGAGAUGCAGUAGAGGAUACAACAUACCAAAUCUGGAAAGAGCUGAAUAUAAGAGACUAUAAAAGUAUUCAGUAGAAUUUCUGAUUUUUACGAUUAUUUUUCAUUGAAUAAACGAAAUGAAAUAAAACAGAAGCAGUAAAUGUAACAGUUACAAGUUUUCCCGUCGUUUUUUCUAUGGAUUUGGUAAUUAAGAAUACUAUAAGGGAAAGCAAAAAAUAACCUCCUUAUUGCACCAACGAGACAACAAUUUUUACUAGGAAUCAUCGCCUCUAAAGUUUAUGAUUGGAACCAGAUUUCUGGUAGAAAAGUUUUUCACAUACAGAAAAAGAACAAACACAUCAUCAUAAUAGAAUCAUAGAAGUAACCAUCAUAUUAGAAUCUAAAAUUAACAAUAUCUAUUAUAGUUGGUACUAGAAAAGCAAAAGUUAGCUUGCAGUAGGUAGUGUUUGUUUUCGAAAAUAAUGAAUUACUGAAUUAUAUUAGAAAAUUGGUGUGGGAGGUGUGUAAGCCCCCCACGGGUUGGGUUGAGUUCAAUAAUUGCAAGGGACGCUAAUUUUAUUUUUAUGUCGUAUAGUCCCUCUCCUUUUAUUUUAUCAAUUCGAGCACUGCUUCAAUGUCUAUAUAUAUGUUUAAAGUGGCCAUUCCAUUAAGUUUCUGCUAUUCUGUAGUGUUUCUUAAAUACAUUUUUAGCUUCCUAAGUGUAUGAAAUGAUCUUUAUGAUGAUAGUUGUUAUCACUUAUUCAUAUACGAUGUUACAACAUUAUGUUUCAAAUCGGUAUGAAAAUCAAUACAACUGCAUACUGCGUGUAAAGCUAACAGACAUAUUUCGGGGGGAGGGUCACACUUCCAACCUCCCUAGUUGCACCACUGCUAACAGCUCAGUUUCAAUACAGUCGGAAAUACAGUUAUCUACUAAUACGUGAUUUGUAAGAAUAGAUUCGUUAUCUGUGAUAUAAUUAAACUCUGAGGAGAUUAUACGCUUAUUAGUAUUAUCAGCGCCGGUAUUUCAUAUAUUUAAUUGUAAAUGCUUUUUGAUAAUCAACUUUUAAGUUGGAGAGACUGGACUGAUAAUAUUAACACAAAUAAAUUCAACACAAAUUCAAUGUGUCUCUCCCGUUUCACUCUUUAUUACAGUUAAUCGUGGUUGCCCAAAAUUUCCUCAUUUAAAAAGGGUAUUUUUUACUUAUUUGUGACGAAUUAAAUAAUAACUGUUUAUUUUUUUUUAAUCCGUGUCACCAAGGUAACCCAUUAAUAAAAAAAAUAAAAUCAAUUUUCAUUUCCAAAAUACAAACAGUCUCGUGACAGUCCCGCUUUAGGGAUUAAAUUUUGAGAUAAAAAGUAGACUGCGUUUUUCUCUUAACAAUGUAGCUGUAGACGUAGUACGUCAUUAAUUCGUGGGCCACACAACAUACGGUAGGUAGCGUACGCCGCUACAUAACUGCACAGACAAUUAAUAUUUCUAAUAACUCUUUAAUUAAUCAAUCGUUAGAACUUUUCUCAUUGAAUAGCUCAUCUACACAUCAUACUCUUACGUUUGAAAAAAAUCACUUCAGCAGAACUUCAGAUUGCUAUCCAAAAAUAUCUCCUCACGUUUUCAUGAUAUAUACAUAUUAUAACAUACCUAUGUUUGGUAGGUGACCGUGGCCGGAGCAGAAAGAAGAAACGCGACUUUUUUGGCGCCAUGAGGACUCGGUUCAGCAGAUCUAAGUUCAGGUCCAAGUCAAAUGACCCAAGCCACCAAUCACACGACCAGUACGAUGGUCUGUACGGUCUGUCGCCGGGUCAGGCACGAUCAAUAUCGGCGGAUGGUACGAGAAUGUCUUCCGAACCUUCUAUUGGUGAGCGUACAUAUUAUAAAAAAAAAAACGUAAGACAAAUAUAUAAACCGUACGAUAUUCAAAUCAAUUUCGUUGAAGAAUGAUGCAGUAAUUUAACGAAAUUUGUUUUUAAGAGUAUAAUAAUAUAAAAACAGGGGAAAUUAAUUUUAGAUUCGAUGAAAUAUUCAAAUAGUUCUAAUACAAAAAAGUGGUCCUAAGAUAAUGAAGACGGGUGCACAGUUAUAGGUAAUUUAAUGUACAUAUACCUGUAAGCAACGAUAAACCAUUGCUAACAAAAAACGAUUCUGAGCGCAGUUCAGUUGAUAGUAGUAAUUUAUCAACAAUAUGUAUGUCUUAAUAUGGUAAAUUAAUUAAAUAGACAUUAUAUAUUUUUUUUCAUAAUAUUUGUUUAAUAUUGUACUGAUUUUUCCUUCUUUUAUCCCGGUUUUUCACAUUUGCUGAGAAAAUUCAUGGGGAAAUCGAGAAAUGGUCUCCUUAAAGUACCUUUCCAGUCAGAUCAGAAAAAGUACAUCACUGUAAAUAAGAGCAAAAUUGCUGGUAGAAAAUUUGUACACAGAAAAAAAGGCCAUAUUUUUUAUUAUGCCUACAUUUCGUACAAUUUUCGUUUUUUCCGAUAUUUAUCCCUGUUUUCCCAGAUAUUAUGAAAAUCGCUUGAAAAAUCAAGAAUGAUCUCCCUAAAUUACAACGGAGAUAAAAUUUCCUUUCAGAAAAUAAGCUACACUUGAUUCAUCGGAGCAAGAUUUCUGGUAGAAAAGUUUGCACAACAAAUCGAAGCGUAUUUUGCGAUUAAAAUAGUCCGAGUAAGCGAUGGCUUGGGUCUCUGGGUACUUCCAAAAUGUAUUUGUUUUUUUCUUGUUUAGAUAAAAGAGGAAAAAGAAAGUUUCGACAUACUGGUUUAAGCUCGGAACCCUUAGGAUGAUAAUAGGCAUAAAUAACCAUAAGAUCACAACAAGUGCUUUAAGAAAGACAAUAUAUAGAGUUAUUUAACAUAACAUAUAAUGUUCGCAUAAUAUCACAACUUCAAAAAACUACGAUUUUGAAAUUUGGAAAGUCUGCUUAAUUCUGACUUCACCAUCGUUCUCAAAUCAUCAGUAUACAGAUGUUCAAAAAAAAAAAAAAAAAAAAAAAUAAAAAUUAGAUUUGUUCCACAUAAUAUUUUACUCAAACGAUUUUCGUCAAAAUUUGAUAUUAAAAUUCCUUUAUAAAAAAAAUACUACAUUAAACUCAAUUUUUUUGUUGACUACAAAGUAAGAUUCUUAAUGAACCUCCUAUUAUAUUUUGAAACAUUUCUAAUAAAGUCUAACAUUUUAUACCACAGAAUACCUACCAAAGAAAUAUCGCGAACAAAAUUCUCAAAAUUGAAAUGUUUAUAAAUAGUUAGAAAUGGCUUAAAUUAUUUUUAAAUUUUACCACGUCUAGAAAAUUCAAAUAAAAGUUUUCUGUCCAAAUUUUAAGUCUAAGAAUAUUUUCAACUGAAUUACAACAAAUAAUAAAUUGAAAAAUAAUAAAAGCAUUAUAUUCGUAAAUUUCCCGUAUUUCUUACGUUUUAUCCUGGUUUUUCUCAGAUAUUAUGAAAACCUCUUGAAAAAUUAAAAAAUGACCUCCGAAAAUUACCAUUUGGACAACAUUCCUUUUCAGAAAUGGUGUCGCACGUAUAUAUUAGAGCAACAUUUUUGGUAGAAUUUUUGUACGCAGGAUAAAAAAUAAAAAAAACAUAAACAUCUUAGUAUAACCCAUACAUUCUUCGCUACACUCAGAAUCUAACAUUGUAUAGGUUUGAUAAUUUUGAGAAAAGUUCGGUUUGACCUAUUGUAAUAAUUUAAUAUUAUUGGUAGUAUUUUUUUUUCUGUGUCUCGCCACACAUGUAAACUUCGCUGCAGGAUGCGUGGGAGGGUUUGGUAAUUAUUUGUUACCGUUAUUAUUUGACCUGCCGCGUUUCGCCGUAUAUGCAGGCAAAGAGCGAUUUUUAAAUUAAUAAUGACACAUAUUACUACAUAUGCAUAUAUCAUUAUAAUAUAAUAUACUAUUAGGGGACAGGUAAACAUUAUAACUCGUAUACAUAAUUAUUUAUGUACACACGCACAUCGUCGAAAAAAUAUGACCGUAUAAAACUUAUUUGGACAAUAAUACAAUACGGCUAAACUAUUGGCCGAAUAAUAUUGUUGUAUAGUUCGGACAGUAUUCAUUUACCGAGUUUAAAAUCCUGCGUUUCUCUGGCCCGGCUAUGUGUAUUCGAAUUUCUCGAAUUUUGGUACUAACUAUCGAGGAGUGGUGAUCGAAUUUUGUUAAAUGAGUCCCGGAUAAAAAUGAAAUAUUUCAACUUUACGUUGACCAACGUGGACACCACGAAGAUGCUGGUUGGAAUAUCAUCAAAAGUACCGAAAAUAGGGGUUUUUUUAGAAGUAAAUAUUUAAACAUCAUUUUAAACGAUACAGCAAUUAAUAAAGUCAAGUUUAUAAGAAUAUAGUAUUAUUCUUGUAUUUCGUCAUUAUUUGUUAUAAUCAAUUAUUAUUUUUCGAUUUCUCGCUGGUUUAUUUUUUUGUUAUUAGUAUUCGAUUGUAUUUUUUGAGCAUAUAAAACAAAAUGUAUAAAUUUAAAUAAUGGGUAUUAAACAAAAUAAAUUAUAUGUAAAAUGACUAAUAAUUAAUUUGGUGUACGAUUUAAUGUUGCCAAAAAUGCAACCUGAAUAUUAGGCGAAAUAAAGAAUCUGAUAUUCUGAUGUUUCAACAUUUAAAUUCAAUUGUACAGGUAGAACUCGAUUUGGUACUUUGAGAAAACGAUCCAUUUAUUUAAGACUCGAUUUACCUAUGCACCCGGGGGAAAUCGGGAAAUUCAAAUAUUGUGCAGUCGUAGAAAAACGCACCUUCGACCAAAUAGAAAAUCGCCAUUGUUUACGAUACGUGACGUUUUUCAACGGAAUAUAAUAUUUUAAACCUCUUGUGUGUAAAGUAAUUAGAGCUAUUAGUUAUACAAUGCUGUUUAUUUCUUCUUUUUAUUUUUAGUCUGUAAUCACGUUUUUUCCUAGUAAAAUUGCUCUAAUUUGUACGCGUACCAAUUUAUCCGGAAGCUCAAAUUGUCUGGAUAGUGCUUUAAACAGUUCAUUUUUAGAUUUUUGACACCAUUUUUUAAAUAAAAGCACUUAAGUGGGAAACAACGUAGGAAAACGUAUAAUUUCACGAUUUUAUUAUUUUAUAAAAACACGAACGACUUUUUCUAACAGAAAAAAUGAUUUAAUCGAAAAAUCAUAAAACACUCUUUUUGUUGUCUUUUUGAUUUAAUUUCUUACGUUAUCAAUAUCCAAACUUUUUAGCCACUAAUAAAAAAGGAGCUUUUAAGGAAUUUACAUUUUUGAGAGUUUUUUUGCUGUAAUUCGGUUAUAAGUACACGUAGAGACUUGAAACUUGGUAAUAAUACUCAUAUUAGAUUUACCUAGACGUGGUAAAAUUUCUGAAAUUAUCGGAGGACUUCUCUUUUUAAUAAACGUUUUGAAAUUAAAUUUAAACGAAAAUCGUAAAAAAAAUUACUGUACUAUAAAUUAAGUAUUACCGAACUGCGCUCGGAAUCGUCUUUCGUAAAGCAAUGGUUUAUCGUUGCUUACAGAUAUAAAUGAAAUAACCUUAUGUUACCUACCUUUUCUAACUUCUCAUCUACAACAGUGAUCGCUCUCAUCCCCAGUAUCGGCUCUUUUUUGUUCUUUUUACCGUUGACAAAAAAUGUACCUAUAUAACGAAAUUAAUUUUUCCAUCCAUAUAUAGGUACACUACGUCGAACGAUUUUUGCGAGUUUUGACUAUUAAGGGAUUUGCACAUGUGGAAAUGUGUUUGUUAAUUUUCACCUAUCGACAUUAUGAAAUAUUAUAUUACAUCCAUCUACAAAAAAAUAAUUUCCUUCGUAACCGUUUUAGCUUCUCCCCCAGUCCCUCCUAUUUGGCCGUCCACAAACUCGUAACGCAGUUACUCGCGAUACACGCAUCAUCGCUCAUUGCGCAUCAUCGAAUAGGUAACGUACAAUAAAUAUCGAUUGGACCACGGUCAAAAUCACAUUUGGUUAUUAUAAAUUAUCAUAGAAAAUAAGAAAUCUUGUAAAUUUUCGAAAAAAAAAAAAUGAUCUUUGUUUAUAAACACAUACAAAAAAAGGUCUCCCUCGAAAAUCAAGGCUGUCCGCGGUCUUUCGAAAGUUCUAUUAAGUUGUCCAUACUGUCAACAAGGUUGGAAAACACUGCCCUAAAUAGUAUACUAAUACUAGGUCGAAUAUAUCGUUUGUCGUUGCCUACAACGGUAGUACAAUUUCCAAUAAUAUUUUCUUUGUUUUCGUAACGAUGAUAUGGUUUAUCGUCGUUAUUUUCCCAGCUAAUAAUAUUGUUAUAUUUUCACGAGACACGUGCGUUUUUCAAACGUAUAGGUACGUGCCGAGUUCUCCGUACAAGACAAUCAUAUUGUGAGUUUUUUUUAUAAACCUCGUUCCCCGUGUGUUUAUACUACAGUUUUCUCGGCUGUUUGCCCUCGUAACGAGGAGCUGUAAUGUAUAUAUGUAUAAUCGGAAAUAACAAACUUUUAUUUUUUAUUUUGAGUCCUCGAGUUAUAAAAACAGUAACGAUCCGUAUAAUUGUACAUCACGGACGAAAAAAACCAAACGAACCUUCUCGAAAUGUUUUUACUCGAUUUGUCCAAUUUCCCGACCCAUCAGUUAGGACCCAUCAGUUAUAGGUGUAUUGCACUUGAGUAACAAUAUAUCAAGCGUAUUAUUACGUAGUAGGUAUAUCUGAGGGUUGUUGUCAAAAUGUGAAUGUCGUAAGUUAUUAUAUAUAUAUAUAUAUAUAAAAAUAAUAAAAUAAUAAAAAAAUAAAAAAUACCGCAAUAAUUGGUUUCAACAGGCUGAAUUAUAUAUUAUUUUUCAAAUGCCUUGUUUUGGAAAUUGUGUGUAUAGCGUUUUUCAUUGCAUUGUGUGUUGGGCAACAGUGUCUUACAUAAUAUACGCAAAGAGAAUAUUGGUAAUAAUAUACAGAGUGUUCCAAAUUAUAUGUUACAGUUUUAAGAGUGAGAGUGGGUAGAUGUACAGUGACGAUCAAAUGAUUUUAUCAGGAUAGGGAGAUAAGGAUAAUGUAUAAGAACUAUUAUUAUUUACAUAAUAUUUUGUAUAACAAUACAGACAUACGUAUUAAUACAUCUUUAUAGAAUACCUGAUUGACUGUUUGUCUAUGGGGCACAAAUUCAUAAUGAACAAUACUUUCAAUAUCAAAAUAAAAACAAUCAGCAUUGUCUUGACAAUUUCACUUGGCGAGCUUUUUUUGGUCGAGGAGAAAAUUUAGUUUUCCAUUGAGAUGACUGUAACUUUGUUUCAGGAUCGUACCUAUAAACCCAUGUCUCGUCUCCUGUGAUUUUCCUUUUUCAACAACCGCCGAACGAAUUUAGCAGCUACCCUUCUCAUCUGUAAAUUUUCCGUUAAAAUUUCAUGACAAGAUCAAAUUGAAAUUGCUGCUUCAUUUGCUAACUCUCGAACAGUCAAUCUGCGGUCAUUUCGCACUUUUUUGUAAAUGUUCACCACAACAUCAUCGUUUCUAGAUGUCGACGGUCUUCCAGAACGUGGAUCAUCUUUAAUUGACUGUCGGCCAUCCUUGAAACAUUUAAACCACUCAAAAGUAACUGAGCGAUUUAAAGAAUCGUUUCCAAAAGCAGUUUUAAUCAUUGUGUAUGUUUCAGUUGCAUUUUUACCAAGUUUCAAGCAAAAUUUGAUGCAUACACGUUGUUCGUUAAUUUCGGACAUGACGAAAAAGGAGAACGAAACAAACUGAAUAGAUAUGACCACGUAUAAUAUUAAACUGAGAUAAGAUAGCGACUUCGGGUUCUGUUUAAAAUAUUCUCUAAUAUGUUGGGAAUACAACUAAUUAUAAUUUAAAACGUUAUCAUGUAUAGAUCAGCCGCAAUAAUAUUUGUCCGGGUACUUUUUGAACAGACCUCGUACAUAUAUAUAUAUAUAUGUGUGUAUAUAUGUAAGUAUACAUAUAAUAUACAUGAUGAAAUUUAAGCAUGUUUAAGCAUGCUCACCCCAUGUUUAUUGUUAAAUAAUGCAAAAAUUCAAAUUCUGAUUUUUGAAAUUUUUAAAUGAAAUGAAUGACGAUAUUUUUGCAUGCCUAGAUUUUUCAUAACAUAUAUAGAGCACCUUAUGGCGAUUAAAACGUUUGUUUUUCAAACGAGAACCAACAUGUUUUGAUGCAAAUUACCAAUCAAAUGAUUUUUUUGAAAAUGUUGACAUAUUGUAACUGAAAUUUGAACGAAAAUUUCUGAGUUAUUCUGUUUUAGAUACUAAGGAUUUUUAUAGGGACUAGACACUGACUGUUUCAUAGGAAUCGAGUAUAGACAAUUUCGUGUUUUUAAUUUUUCAAUUAUUAUCCUUUAGUGUUUUUAGUAAAAUCCAUCAGAAACUUUUUUUCAAAAUGUCCACCGUAAUAUGUCAACAUUUUCAAAUUGUCAAAAUUUUGUUUUUUUUAACAACACCAAAAAAUUCCAAAAAUUAUAAUUAAAAUGUGUAACUUAAUCAUACAACUGAGGUAAGCAUUGUUGAAAAAACACCCUGUAUAUUAUUAUGCAUAUUUAAGAUAAUUGAGGUGAUGACAGUGAUAUAUCCCUCUUACCCCCUCCCCCGUUUGACUUCCUGUGAACGUUUAUACUUCAUACCUACUUCUACUCAUAAAAAUGUAACACAUAAUUUUUAAAACCAGUAUUUAGAGACCCUGUAUAUCGUUUGUAACGAGAGAACAGAGUAUUAUGUCGAUUUCUUACAAAGACCUUUUAAAUGAUAAUAUUAUUAUAUUCUGCUCAUAAAAUACGAAGGAAUAUAAAUAAUAUUAUUGUCACCACCGCGACGCAUCGAGAUUUUCACUAACAAAAAACCACAUGUUAAUUAUUUUAUUAUUCAAAUGAUUCGCUAUAAUAUAAACGCUCACCGAAACUUUGUAGAUUUUGUCAUCGUGUUUUACGAGUAUUGCCGCCGUAACUAGAGACGGAAAUAAAUAAAUAUUCACGGUCACGGUAGGGAUAGCUGGAUCACACACACAUCACCUUAUUUUAUUUUGUUUGUAUUAUCGUUGUAAUUAUUAUGGAAUGGUUUGUGUGGUUAGGGAACGCUUAUAGUACGCCGCCGUGCCGACUGCGUCAAUAAUUUUAGCACGGCUGCCGGAGUUGUUAUUGUCGUCAUUUCGCAUUUGCCGUCGCGAUACUUACCGUUACGAAAUUGUUUGUUUUACGCAUCCGCUAAUAAAAUUUGAAAUUUUUGUCGCAUUUAAUAGCCGGUUAUUGCGGAUAGUUGGCUCUAAUAGCUGUUAUUCUGGUCGGAAGGUACAUUGGCGAGUGGCUCAAAUAGUCCCCCGAAAGUGUAUAAUUUGGCCAGGCUCUAAUAUCCAUCGUAAAAAAGUUAUCAAGGAUAGUUACCUAUGUAAUAUAUUGUUUUUUAUUCUGUUUGUCCGCGUUUGUGUAUUUAUUUAUUUUGAUUUAAGCGGCUGGCCGGUCUGCGCUUCGUUGCCGUGAGUUAUUUUUUGUAUUAUUUUUAUUCAACAUUUGUUAAUUUAUAGACUAAUUGUUAUUUUUCUAAUAAAGGUCUCAUAACUAAAUAUUUUUGUAUAAGCACACACUCUUACAGCUCUAAUAGCUGGUUUUUACCAUUUUUCUGUUGGGCAAGAAGGGCCGAAAAGUCAAAAUUAAUCGUGAAUAAAAUAUAAUCUGCGAUAUAUAAUAUUGAGUUACCUUUUUUACUAGUUUAAGGUUUGUAACACACCUACACGUAUACACACUUAUACACAAAUAUACAUUUAUAUAGAACACGCAUUACGUGACAGUAUUUGUCCGGCAAACCUUGACCACUGCUGUUCGAGCUAUCACACUACUAUACACCCAGCUGUCUCUCCAUACCCUUGUACCUACUACCUAGGUGUUAGUGGUCUGCAUAAGUAGUUCGGGCGCGCGUAAUAUCGCUUUACGCUCCCGGCCCUUUCAACGAGUUACUUUCCUCUCCCCACCUAUACCGAUAACAAACAUUUUAAUGUCGUUUUGAUAUUUUAAAGUAGAAAAUAUUUCCAACAAAUUCUAGCACUUUAUACUUGCUAUAGUAAAAUAGAUAAUUAAUGUUAAUUAUUAUUUUAAAUUUGAACGUAAUAAUAGUAAAUAUUACAAAAAAUAGUUGGAAACAAAUUCGUUUUCUACUUAUUUUUAACAGAAAAAUUAAAUUUUCUCUUCGACCAUUCCUUGUAAUAUUAUCGUCAUCCAUAUUUUAUCAGGACUUACAAUUUCCGAAGCAAAAUCAAAACAAGAUAACAUUUUUAUGUGUCCCGAAAAGUUAAAUUACCCCGUGGCCCCCGAUCCCCUACUUGAGAAUAUUAUCCAUUUAACUCGAUACAAUUAUUGCUGUAACAGUCUUGGAAUUUUAUGUAAAAAUAGACAAAAUUUCAUAAGCAAAUAAUAAUAAUAAUAAUUAUACAAAAAAAUGUUUUCACUAAGCUGUACAUUAAUAUAUAUGUAACUUUUUUUAUUUUUUGUGAAAAUAUUUUCCUAUAGUAGAUUUUUCUUCAGAUUCAAAACGUUUAUUAAAUGCGAUUUAGCCAUAAUAAUGUGAUACCGUUAUUGCCGUAUGCAAUUUAACCCUUUAUAGGCUAUGGUGAGUUACCCGCAUAAAAUAAUCUGUGAAUUGCAUUAACGUCAACUUAUUGUGACCCCGGCUGUUAGUUCUGCUGUCGAGGAUUAAACUUUCCCAUUACAAUAUUCGAGUUUUAAUUAAUACAAUAAAGUGCAUUUACCCCGAUCGGGAAUAACUUUAGAACUCACGUUUCGCUCGAUAUUAAAUUAUAAAUGCAUAAAUAAUAAUAUAAACAAUUACAAAAUGCAAAUUAUAAUCACUACUUAUAUAUUAUUAUAUUGACGUUACCAAAUAAAUUCUAAUAAUAUGUGCUCAAUUUAAUUUCGUGAAAACUGUCGUUUAUUGCUUUUAAAUAUAGAUAAUAUAAUAAUAUUAUUAGACUUACACGUCACACGUAAACAUAUAUUUACAAAAAAAAGAAUAUACUGACAUACUUCGACAUAAAAAAUGUUUUAAUGGCAUAAAAAUUAUAGAAAUAUAUAAAAAUAAAACAAAUUUGAAAUAUUACUAAUUAAAACUUAAUAAUCACCGAGUCUAAGGUUAGGUUAGGUUAGGUCACACAUUAUUGCAAAUUUCUUUACGUACAGAGAAAUUAAGCUUUUUAAUUUGCCUUAUAGCAUUAAGGUAAAAUUAUUUAAAAUAAAUUUAAAUUUAAAAACAUCUCACGUGCGUGCAGCAACUGUUGUAGGUGAGAAGUUGGGAAGGUAGAGGGAAAAUUUAAUACAUAUAUAUAUAUAUAUCUGUACGCAAUGAUCAACCGUUGUCAACGAAAAACAAUUCUUAGUAUAUAUGUCAUUCUUAGUAUAUAAAUUGUUCAUAAUUGUUUAUAUUUGAUGAAUUGCGAUAAUUUAAUAUAAUAUAUGUAUAUAUAUAUAUAUAUAUAUAUAUAUAUAUAUAUAUAUAUAUAAAAUAAAUAUAUAUAUAAAUUAAUAAAAAUAAUUAAAAAUAAUUAUUAUACUAAUGAAUUUAAAAAAUUACUUAGCUCCUUUUUACGUAAUAUCACAACUUUUCUAACUUGAGUUUAUUUUUUCUUAGUGAGUUUAUUACUUAUUACACGUAGUUGACGGAGGGUUUUUGUUAGGAUAUCACUUAUUUUUUUAUGGAUAUAGUUUAUAUAAUUUUGGAUAUAGUUAACCUAUGUGUUUUUUUUAUUGAAGAGAAAAAUUAUGGGGGACAAAAUAUCUGAAUAAAUAUACGAUAUAUAGUUACAAAUAUAGUUUAUUAUAAAUAUUACUGGAAAAUGAUACUAUAGCAAACAAGUGGUACCAACAAUGUACAGCAUUAUACAUAGUUGAAUUGUUGAAAAAAAUAGUGUUUCGAGUAAAAACUAUGCUAAUACUUUUGCAUAUUACUGAGGCUGUAAUCAUCCGAUCAACUUUAAAUUUGCAUAAGUACUAUCUACUUAACAUACUGAUAAACCUUUGUACAUUUCAAAACAAUCAGUCUAUUAGUAUAGGCUACAGAGAGUUUGGACCAUUAGUCGUAAAAUUACACAGGUUAAAUAGGAAUUGUCGCUGGUUUAUAGUAAAUUAUUUCUGAGAUUGUGUUUCAAAACGUGAAAUAUUAUUUAAUAACCAGUAAUCACAAAAAAGUGUAUAAUAUGUAUACAUAUUAUUAUUAUUAAAAAAUAUGUACAUAUUAUUUUAGGGGACAUGGAAAAAAUGUGAGGGGGCUAAACCUCCCCUGAUCUCCACUUAUGUCAAGAAGAUAGAGGAAAAAUUUGUUAUAUAAUAAAUAAUAUAUACUACUUGAAGUGUUUACGGACGUAUUCCAUCAACAUUACAAUACCGUUUAUGUUUUCAACGGGUAAUCGGCAUCCAUUACCGGGGAAUUACACGAAUGUAUUUUACAUCAAACUAAAAUUUUUAUUUCCGUACAGCAUUAUUAUUGGAUGUAUUUACGAGGAUCAACCGUGCAAAUACGGUAAUUAAAAACCGAGUCGAGCAGGAUUAAGUCUAGGAGCUUUUGAUCCACCAGCCAGCAAUAACAUUUAAAAUUCAUUCUAAUUGGCCGUAAAUAAAUAAUAAUUUUUUUUUUUUUGUAUCGUCGGCGACUGGUUGUAAAAACUCGAUUGUGAACAUGGCUUAUCGUUUUUUUUUUCACUAUCCGAUUUUAAAUACAAAUGCGAUCAAACAAUAUAUAAGAAUACUAAAAAAAAGCCUAUACGUCUUACUUCCGAUCAUAGUUGUGCUAUUGUUGUAGGUAAGAUUUUUGAAAGGUAGGUUAAAACACGGUCAAUUUGCUUUAUAAUAUUAUAAAUUAUUUUUAACAAAAAAUGAUACUAAGUAAAGUUUGGUUAACCAUGAUUUGAUAAACUGGAAUUGUGCAUUAUUAAUUUGUAACUACAACAAAAAAAUCAAAAUUGUUCAUGUUUUCUCGUAUUAAAUUGUUGAACAUUUUUCUGGAGCCAAACAAUUUCUUAUUUAAUUCCUUAUCCAAUCACCUCUCGUCACUCCACUCAUCCGCUUCAGUAUUCUCAUCUCUGCUACACUCAUGAUUUGUUCUAUUUUUUUGUCUACCACCAUAAUACAUUGAUUUCGUAGUCUAUACUUUUUUUAUGCUUAGAUUUCAUGUUUUCAUAGAAAAUACUGAGUUUUAAAUUCCCGUACAAACUUAUGAAAUAUUGUAAUGAACAAUGUUCAACUGGGAAAAUAUUCGACUUAAGUGACGGGGUUCUGCUGCUUAUUUAUUUUCACUAAGGUAGAAUAAUAUUCUAAUCAACAAUUUUAUUCCGUUGCCAACGUCUUACGUGCCGAAAAUGUUGAUAUCCGGUCAAUAGACAUUAUUGCAGCUCGCGUAAUACGCCCGAAUGUCCUGAAUAAAUGAAGCAAUAAAUUAUUUAAAAGUGUCACAAUGGUAGGAACUGCCCAAUUUUUGAGUUAUUCAAAGUUCAAAUUCUAAUGGAUUCGUAAAAAUCACAGUGUUCAAAACAUAUUUAACCGAAGUCGUUCAGAAUUAUUUUUUGUUAACGUUACGUACAGAAUUAUAUAUUAUAUAAAUUAAAUGUCUAUAUGUAUUCUCUCUGACUAGCUUUUCACUUAUAACAAUGGCACACCCUACAGCAGUAUCAGCUAUUUUUUCCAUUGUUUUUUCUUCUGACAAUAAUGGUUUAUUUUAGAUUUACUUGCACCACCCAGGGCCGGCUCUGCCCGGUCGAGCUUAAGCGAGAUGUCCGGUGCCAGCGGCACAUCCACGGGCACGUAUCUUAAUGAAGCUUCCACGCUGGUAUUAGAGACGAUGGAAAACAACGUGAAAAAGUAAGUUAACUCUUACCGUGCAUACUGUACAAUAAUAAUGUAAUAAUUAGAAACAAAAUAAAGUCAUCACGACGAGUGGCUCUUUAAAAGACGAGAAACUAUCCGCCUCCGGUUAGUCGUUGACCUCGAUGAGAUUGCCAUUUCGAAACGAAUACUUCGAAUUGCGACGGUAACGUUUCUCGGCCAGUUUUAUUUGUAUACUUUCGCGUUCAGAACACGAAUUGUACGAAAAUUACAGAACAACGACGCAAAAGUGACGAACAUAGGAGUACCAUUUUCGGAGUUCCAUUAAAAAAAAUAAAAUAUUAUUUAUUUUUUUUUUUAAUGUUAGUGUUCAAUUCUAUUAUGUAACCUACUGUGUUAUCCUUAUGUUGAUAACUGUCAAUAUUCAUAUUUGUUUUAAUUUUUGUUUUCCAAUCGGGUUUUUUAGAAGGGGACGCAUAUGUAGAGAAAAUAUUUUUAUUUUCAUCACUUAAUUGUUGAAAACAAAAAAUAACAUUACUUUACCCCUUUUCAAAAUUUUCCAAAUAACCAUUUUUUAAAAGAUGUUAUUAUAAAAAAUUGAAUGUAACAAAUAUUCAUAUCCGAGCAAUAGUUGCAUAAUAGUAGCCGUUUAAAUUAACAGAAAAUAAGGAAUUAUUGUGCUGAUUGUGGUUCUUUAUCGCGUAAUAUAUUAUUUUAUUGAAAAUUAAUUGUUUUCAAGUUAAUUGUCUAGAAAUUAAAAUCGAGUCAUUUCUGGAAUAUGCUUAAUUCAAUAUAUACGAACAUCGGAGACCACGAAAAGUUAGAGUUAGGUUAGCUAAGGUUAGGUUAGGUUAGGUCAAGUUAGGGACCACACACAUAAUAUUGGAUUUUUCAAUUAAAACUUAUAAUUCCGAAUUUCCGUUGUCGUAUUUUUAAUUUAGAUUGUUUUAUACUAAAAUCAGCUAUUUUACUGCGUGAUAAGAAAAUAUAGUAAAUUUUUAAUUAUAUUAGAUUUUUUUUUUUUUUUAUUAUUUUUUAUACAGAUACUAUUUGGUACCGUUCACCCAGGCCAGAAGAAAUAAAUGGAGGAGAGCCGGAACUAAAUUGCAUAUAUUUAACGAUCAUACUUUUGUCGCCAAACAUUUAUCCAAGUAAGAAAGGCAAUAUUUGGGAAACCUACUUAGAAUAUUAAAAUUAAAAAAAAAAAAAAAAAAAAAUUAGAUUAUAUUAUUUAUUUAUAUUGUUUAUACGAUCAUAUUAUUUAUAGCCGUCUCAAUUGUUUGGUGUGCGGUAAAUAUUUCCCGAGACGUAUCGGUAAACAGGGUUACGAAUGCAGAGAUUGUCUGAUCAAAUGCCAUAAGGAGUGUCACGUAAAGGUUUCAGCCAUGUGCACGAAUUCCAAGAUUCACAAUAUUGAUCUGUGAGUAUACACAUAACCUCACGAAAAUUUCGUGUGUACAAAGGAGGAAAAAAAAUGGCUUAGAUUCGAUAUACGGACAUUUAUCUCACUGUAAAUAUCCCCACACACACCCUUCCCUUUCUCUUCAUCACAAUCGGAAAUCAAUCCCUACAUUGAUGGACAUUUUCUUCCGCACAAAACACGAACAUAACACAUAUUUUGCGUAUAGGUAUAAUUAUUUAUAAUUUCGUAAAAGUAAUUAAUUGUUACCUAUCAAUAUAUUGUGCAUUAUUUCGAUUUACUAUCAAUUUUUUAAUGGUUUUUCUGUAAAUACUUACUUUCGAUGUUGAUUUUUACUUUUAUAUAUACACGCUAUCGUUAAAUAAUUUAUCGAUUAUAAUACUGGAUGAAUAUUAUUGGCCCGUAUAUUAUAUAAUUGGAUAAUUUGUUUAUUUCUUCUUUUUUUUUUUCUAGUCUGUAAACACGUUUUUCCCUAGUAAAAUUGCUCUAAUUUUUACGCGUACUAACUUAUCUGGAAGCACAAAUUGUUUGAAUAGUACUUCAAACAAUUCAUUUUUUGAUUUUUGACGCCAUUUUUUAAAUAAAAGCACUUAAGUGGAAAAAACGUAGGAAAACGUACAAUUUCACGAUUUCAUUAUUUUAUAAAAACACGAACGACUUUUUCUAAUAGAAAAAAUGAUUUAAUCGAAAAAUCACAAGAUACCUUUUUCGUUGCCUUUUCGUUUUACUUUCAUACGGUAUCAUCUCUAAAACUUUAGAGCUUUUAAGGAAUUUUAAUUUUUGGCUGUAAUUCGGUUAAAAAUAUAAGUAAUAUAAGACACUUGAAAUUUGGUAACUAUAUUAUAUUAUAUUAUAUUGGACUUACCUAGACGUGGUCAAAUUUCCAAAAUGAUCGGAUGACUUUUUUUUUAAUAAGCGGUUUGAAAUCAAAUUUAAAAGAAAAUCGCAAAAACAUUACGACAUUUAAAAUUAUGUAUUACUGAACUUCGCUCGGAAUCGUCUUUAGUUAAACAAUAGCUUCCCAACUAAUUACUUACAACAGUGGCCACUCUCAUCCUCAGUAUCAGCUCUUUUUACUAUUGGUUUUACCAUGAUGUGUGUGUGUUUUUUUUUAAAUCUGUGAGCAACUAUUUUACCUGAAAACUUGCUCCGAAGUAUCAAGUGUAGCAUCUUUUUUUGAAAGGUGAUUUUCUCCAGUUUGUGCAUUUGGGAGGUCAUUUUUUAAGGGAUUAUCAAAAUGAUUGGGAAAAACCAAAAAAUUAUAAUCGAUUAAUAUUUACGGCAACGUGGCGUCCUAGUUUAAUUAUUAUAAAUUUUGCAACUUAUGUUUUCUCCCAGAGAUAUUGCUCCAAUUGAAAAAUGAUAAAAGAUAGAUUUGGUUACUUUUAACAUAUAGCCACUGACAAAUAAAGUCGUUUUUUUAUAUCUCAAAUAUUUUUUAUAAUAGUUGAGAAAAACCAAAAAGGACUAAAGUAUGAUAAUUUUCAAAUAACAAUACAAUGAAUUCAUUAUUUAAAACUUGUGUGGUUAAUGGUUUCCACCAUAAGUAUUGUUUCAAUAGAAAAACAACAAUAAUAUUUUUUGUUGCAUUUUUAAUCUAGUUGGCUACCUAGAAAGCCGUUUUUGGAUUUUUUUUAAAAUUUUUAAUAAUUUAUUAAAACCGAAAAAUUAGUACGGGAAAGAACGGGACAAUUUAUGAAAAUAAUUCUUUUAUUAUUUUAAAUUAUGUUUUAUAAAUGUAAUUUAGCUGAAAAUAUUCGUAGACUUCAAAUUUUGACAGAAAACUUAUAUUUGCUUUUCUAAACGUGGUAAAACCAUUUUUGAGCUAUUUAUAGACAUUUCAAUUUUGUUAGUUUUUUACGUAAUUUUUAUUUGGUAGAUACUCUGUGAAUAAAAUUGUUAGGCUAAAAAGAAAUGUUUGAAGAUUUCACAGGAUGUACAUUAUAAUUCGUACUCAGAGGCCAUAAAAAAAAAAAAAAUUGAGUGUUUUGUAGUACAUUUUUUUUUUAUAUAAGUUAAAAUCAAAUGUUGUUGAAAAUCGUAAAUACUACGGCCUUUCAAAAUAUGUAUAACCAAACUUCGCUCCGAAUCUUUUUUCAUUAGCAAUGGUUUAUCGUUGAUUAUAGGUUUUUAAUUAACUAAUUUAAUUUUAAUUAAUUAACUUUAUGCAUACCACCUUCCAAACUACCCACCUAUAUCAGUAGCCGCACUCGUUCUCAUUAUCAGCCCUUUUUUUUUAUUAUUAUUAUUAUUAAAGGGGGAAAAUGUCCGGAUAUCCUAAGAGCCGCCUAACCCUGUCACCCGAUCAUCGUCACGUGUCACGGUGUUGUGUGUGGUUUUUAUUAAUAUAUUUUUUUAAUGUUGUAACCACCGGUUUUCAGUAACAAUUUGACCGUUUUGCCCUCAAUAUCGGCGGGAGGACAGUGAUGGCUCAUCGUAUCAACAACCAUAUGGAUAUAAACGGAUAUUAUAAUAACCCUGAGUAUCAUUUACAACGACCAUCGACCGUGUACACGGUAUAAUAACAUAUAUUUUUUGAUAAUAUUACAUAGUAAAUAUAGUAACGAAAGGGUUGCGUACACAAAUUAAUGUCCGUUAUUUUAAUUAUUUUCAAAAUAUAAUAAAACAGAAAAAUGUAUUAUUGCCACGUAAAACUAUUAAAAAUAUAAUAUAUUUUAUAUCAUAUUAUUGUAAUAUAACUUUUUUAAAAACUAAAAACAAUGUUGAAGUGGAAAAAAAUGCAUUUGUAUCUGCUCCCGUAAGCAUAGCAAGUAGCGGACCGGACGAAAACCGUACACCUGGUCGUCGUAUGCAUAAAAAAAGGGAUUAAAAAAAAAUAGAUUAAACAAAAAAGGAAUAAAUAAAUAACACACGUUUUUGAGUCUAUAUAUCACGCAUUGUUAUUGGUGGACGACAUUUUUUCUCAUGUGGUCAUCUCAAUAAACAUCAAUCGUGUAGACUGAUAAAUAACGUUAAUUAUAAUAAUAUAAUAAUAAUAAUAAUAAUAAUUAAUAAUAUUAUAGUAAUUAUAUAAUGUUAGUUGUAAUAAUAAUAAUGUAUUAUAUAAUAUUAUGUAUUAAAAAACUAAAGUUAGAAUUAAAAAAAAUUAAUGGUUACAUUAAAGCCUGCAGGUCCCCAUGGUGAUGGUUAUUAUCAUGAACUACCGCCGUGUGAAAAGAGUGAUACCUAGUAACUGUUGAAUUAUUGUGAAAACAUCUAUCACACAUCAUGCAUGUUUCAUAAUUGAUAUUUUCUAUAGUUAGACACAGAGUGAUAGAAAUUAUCACCGUGUAUAUAUGCUGUCAUUAUAUUUUACUAUCUUGUCGCAAUUUCACUAACAAAAUCACUCUGACAUAUCAUAGUAAGCAUGCUAUUUUUGUAAUUCAUAUUUAGUUUCUAUCGCGACAGUUUCAGACCAAACUAUCAUAAUAGCAACUAUCAUCGCGUGGACCAGGUUUUUGAUUAAUAAUAUAAUUAUUACACAAACGGACGCACAAGCAAACGAACACAAUUAACUCAACAAUCAGCUCGUAGCCGGAUUAUUAUUAUUUAAGUUAUCGGACCAUGGCUGAUCUAUCUUGCGGGGAAGCCUUAUUUUUUAUACAAAAUUUUAAAAAAAACUGGGAUAUUAUUCAAAAAUAAAAACUGUACGUACUUAUUUAUAAAAUUACCUAUAUUCUUUAAAUAAUUUGUUAUUAUUUUAAUGUUGUGUAUAUUUGUUAAGAGACGAAACAGUGUAAUUUGCUGCCAACGCCUUUAUAACGGGUAAUUUAACGAACAUUUGUUCACGUAAAACAACCAAAAAGACUAUUUCAAUCGUUUUACAAAUGAAAUACCUAUUGUACAAUUUAUGAAUAUUAUUUGAUACAUACGUGACUAUUGGCGCUUUAUGAUUCUCUAAAUAUUCAACUUAUUAUCGAGAAUAUACAAUAUAUCAUAUUUUAUAUUUUAUGGAAAUAACUGUUAAAUAAUAUGCCGAUAAAAUUUCCUCCGAAAUGUUGUCAUUUCAAUUUACAAAUUUUAUCUCUAGAACCAAUUUUUAACACAUGAUCGCUAUAUUGCCGGUUAGAGAGAUAGAGACUCCUGUCUCAUAAGUGUUCAAAAACAAAAAAAAAUCUAGUUUUUAACAGUACCUCUUUAAUUCCAACAACAGGAAAGAACUCUCUUCGCUUCUCCCUUUCCAAUUAACUCGGUUCUGUAUCAGUGUAUGUUUGUGCGUGCGUACGUGAUAAUAUAUAAAUAUAAUAAAUACAUUCAAAUUAAAUACUUAUUUAUUAUUAUAAUAAUAUAUUUAUAUUAUAUAUCUAAACUACUUAAUAAUUUUGGUGCUUGAAAAACAACAUUUAUAAUUUAAUCGGUUAUAACACGACAUCGUAGUAUUGUUUUUUUGUGGUUUCACACUUAUUAUUAUAAUGCUAUGUUAUAUUUAUUUAUUUUUUUUUUGUGUGUUUAAUAACCGACAGUAUUUGUAAUAUAAUAUUUAUUUGUCGGGUAAAAUAACAACAAUAAUAAUAUUAUGCUAUUUCCCCUGUCUAUAGUUUUUAAAUAUUAUCGAAUAUAUAAUAAUAUAAUUCAUAUUUAUGUAAUAUAAUGACAUGCAAUACAAUGCAAAAAAAAAUGUUAUUAUAAGUAUUAUAAUAAUAUGUUGCUAAUGUUGUUGUUGGUUUUCCAUUAUUCUUAUACGGUAAUGUUUGAAAAAAAAAUAUCCGAUGUAUUAGAUUAUUAAAAAUCCUUUGUCUUAUUUUUAGAAUAAUAAUAAUAAUAAUCAUAAUAAUCGUAAUAAUUUUAUAAUAAGAAUAAUGAGAAAUAUUGAUCUUUGUGUUGUGUUUAUUAUUAUUCGGGUUUCAAUCGGUGCCAGUAUUCCACGCUCUGCUUUGGUUUGCUGAGCAUGUCUUUCCAGUGCUGCGCCUCCGCUUGCCCAGUCGCGUUUUUAUUCGCUGACAAACAUAACACACGUCAU